GCGGCGCGGGGCGGGGCUGGGCUGGGCUGGGCGGCCGAGCGGGCGGGCGUCUCCUUCCCGGCCGCGUCUGCAGCCGCCGCGGGACCAGGCGGGCGCCAGGUAAGGCGGGCGGAAGGGGGGGCUGGCCAGCGCAGCGCUCGGCUCCCGGCGAGGCGGAGGAGGAGCCCGGCGGCGCCCCGAGCGCGGAGACAAAGGCGGCCUCGGGGAGCCCCGGCCGCUCCCUCCCUGGCUGGCUGCCGGGCCGGAGCGCGGGAGGGCCAGGGCGCCCCGGGAGGAGGCCAGCCGCUCGGGAGGAGCCGUGGCUCCGCCGGGCAGCGCCUCCCUGCCUGCCUGCCUGCGCGCCCCUCGCUCCCUGCGCCCCGGCGGCGGCGGCGUCUCGGAGGAUGGCGGGGGCGGCGGGGCUGCUGGGCGGGCGAGCGGCAAAUGCUGAUGCGCCUCGGGGAAUUCCUGUCACGGGGAGAAAGGCAGAAGCGGAGGGCGACGAUCCUGGAAAGGCUCUCGAGGAGCCGGCCUGCCUGCCUGCCUUUCGUUAAUGGGGACUCUUCCAAAUCCGGCCCAAGUUAGUUGUGCGUGGCAACACCCAUUGGGGGCCGUGGAAUGGGACUCUGGGUCCGGACUGAGCGAAGUCCCGCAGAGUUAAGCGGAUAUCCUGUGCAUAUCUGCCGAGAAGCAAGUUGGGCUUACUCCCAGGUAAAGGCGCCUAAGAUUGCCCACUGUGUGUGUUUGGCUCCUGAUGACUUCUGGCAAGGAGACUGAAAAGUGCAACCAGGAUCAAAUGACUUUAGCAUCUCUAAAUAGGUACUUGCCUGGUGCUGAGGGGAAUUGCUUCCAGGUGACCAGGGAUGCAUUUAUUAUUAUUAGUUUGCAUUUUCUUCUUCCUAAAUUAGCCUGUCAGUAUGCUACAAAUUGCUAACAUACAUAUUUGUAAACAGGUAGGUUAGUAAAAAUCUUUGAGGCAGCAACUUUUGUGGACUUUUGUAGCAGCGGGAUGCUACCAAACACAGUUACUAAAGCCUGAUAAAAAUCUGACCACCUGGCUAAAGGAAUAGUUAAGCUACACUGCAAAAUGUGUCAGGUUAGUUCCAAUUAAUAAAUUUGUGAGGAUUAAGGAAAGCAUAUAAUUGAAUAAUGGAUAUGAAAAUAAUUGCCAUCCUUAAAAGUAUAUUAGAGUAAGAAAUGCAGAGCAAUUGUCAUUCUUACAAUUUAUUUUUCAUUCUUUGAGAAAUUGUUUUAAUUUCUACUCUCAAGUUUUCCAUUUAAAAAUACAAAAUUCUAGCAUCACACAUACUCUAAUUCUGUUGAACCAAUCGUUAAGAUUCAAAACUUUACAUACUGUGACUCUGGUUCCCUAACUCCUUAAUCCAACAACAUAUUUUAAUUCUGAUGAUUUCCAGGAAUGUGAGCCUGAGUACUGGGUAGCUGUAAUGUUUGGCUUUAGCAUCUUAAAAGGAAGUCAGUGUCUUAGCAGUCAUAAGGAACUGUAGAAAAAUGGAGACUGGUUUUCAGGUUCAGCUUUGGUCCAGUCCAGGCCAAGACAUAUUUAAAAACAAUUAUGCUAAAUUUGGGACCCAUAGACUCAUCGGAUUUGCAAGAAAGUUAUUUUUCCAUGGAAGUGCAGUCCACUUAAGGACUACUUUGCUGAGAUAUUUUAGUAGCCAACCAGAGUACCCAAAUGGGAUUGAUAUCCUGUUCACUCAACUCCCUGAGCUCUUGUAACCAUAAGUGAAAUCUGAAAGUUAAUUGUAAGAUUGUCCAGUAGAAAGAUGCCAGAAGAAGACACAUUGCCACACAAACUUAAAAUGAUGGCCAUCAGUCCUUGUUAUUAACAAUACAGGUCAAGUCCCCAAAGGUUUGACCCGAAUCUGCAAAUGUGCUCGCCAUUGGCAAUCAUACUUUUUAAUCUGGCAAGUGCUCCCAAUCUGCUCUGGAACCUAGAGGAGGGCAGGGUUUCUUCCCAUCCUCUCACUGAACCCUAAAAACACCUGGAAAACAAUGGGCAUCUUUGUGCUUUCCAAGCGUCUCUGAACUCAGCACAAGCUCAAAGAGAAACUGCACCCUUAUUUGGGCUCCAAAGAAAGGCAGAGGCUCUCCCUGACUCCCAGUGGCCCUCUUUUCUUCUGCAGGGUCCUGCACUAAAAUGGAAAAUAUCAUGGCCUGUAGGCCAAACAAGCCAAUUGUGCAACACUUAGCAGAGUUAAUUUCAGCUAUAACUUUUCCUGGAUUUAACCAGAGCAGAAAAUCUGCUCGGAGCUGGGAAGAAGUUCCACUGGUUCUCAAAGGUUUGGAAUGCUCCCAAAUGCGCUGUUACCAGUUUAUUAGGCCACAUGUGAGCAACUGUCAGCCCAGGGGGUGCAUUCUUCCCCUGAUCUCUUUUGAUGCCUCCUGGUUGCUGUGUUCUUCCAUCUCAUCAGAGUCCCUUCCUACCAGUUUCCUGCUCCUUUUUCUGGUCUUUUAAAAAUGUGUUUCCCCUCUUUCUGUGAGGUUGGAGAAGGGACAGAAUUUUACUUGAUUAAAAUAUAAUUUAUGCUUGGUUGUAUUUUAUUUAUUUUUGGUUGUAUGGUUUAGGGGAAAGCUGUGUUUUCCCCAGGUGACUGAGAACAAAUUGGUAGCUUUUUGUGAUUUGUGCAUCUGUAUAGAAAUUACUUUCAUGUACUUUGUUAGAGGACACGGGUGGCGCUGUGGGUUAAACCACUGAGCCUAGGGAUUGCCGAUCAGAAGGUCGGCGGUUCGAAUCCCCGUGAUGGGAUGAGAUCCCGUUGCUCGGUCCCUGCUCCUGCCCACCUAGCAGUUCAAAAGCACAUCAAAGUGCAAGUAGAUAAAUAGGUACCGCUCUGGUGGGAAGAUAAACGGUGUUUCUGUGCGCUGCUCUGGUUCGCCAGAAGCGGCUUAGUCAUGCUGGCCAUGUGACCUGGAAGCUGUACGCCGGCUCCCUCGGCCAAUAAAGCGAGAUGAGAGCCGCAACCCCAGAGUCGGUCACUACUGGACCUAAUGGUCAGGGGUCCCUUUACCUUUACUUUGUUAGAACCAUAGCUAUAUUUGUCUGCUUUAAAAAAUAUAUUAAAAAAUCCUCUGUAUACUUAAUUUGAGACCAAUCCUAUUAAAAUUGGCAGGGCUUGCUUUUGAGAAGAAAUGAAAAUUUUAAUUUGAGGUAGUCUUUCUAAAAAUUUUUGGGUGGUUUUUAUACCAAAUUAAAUAAUUCCAUCAUUAAUCUGCUCUGCAUCUCCUCCUGUAUGAUGCACUGCCUCAAGAAUGACCAAUUGUCAUUUUUAUUCCAGAUUCAAGUUCAGUUCUCCACGUUCCCAUAUCAGUUUGCAACUUAAAAAAUCAUUGUGAAAGUUUUCCAACAUUUUAUUGCCAGUCUCCUAAUAUUUGCAUGUAAUUUUGUUUGAUUUACACAUUUUUGCAAAUAUAAUGCAUUUUGAUAUGCCAUUUUAACUAAUAUAUGUGUAUCCUUACGCACAUUUUUAUAUGCAUCAUUUGGUCGGAGAACAGCAUCACAAAAUUUGGAGAAGUGCAGUUUUAGAAGGCUAGCUGUCUUUGGGUUUACAUAUUAGGCAGGUUCGCAUUAAGAUCCGAACUGAAUUUCUCAAUAAGUUAGUUGGGUAUGACCCAUUAUUAUCUUUUCCUUUAGGCAGAGGAUUGAGCAGAGGACCAGCAACUAAGAGCUGCAGAACAGGGGGAUCAAAGAAGAAAAGCAUUUUAGUUCAGCAAUUUCCUCUAAAUCGGAGAUGACUAAUAUUCUUGGAGUGAGGGCCAGAUUUGUCCUUGGCCAACUCUCCAGGGACCUCAUGCUAGUGGGUGUGGCCAUAAGCUCACAUAUGCGCUUUAGGAUGUGCAAACAUGGGCAGACAAGCACAAAAGGCUCCCACCCACCCCUCUAAUCAAUCUCAGGACCAGAGUAGAGGCAAUUUACAUCCCUAUCAGUGUGCUGGGCUCUAUCUCUGCUCACCCCAGUAUCUAUUUUAGUUCUUCAUUUCUUUAUUUUGCCUGUGCCACCAAAAUCUGUAGGGUCUGAGGGGCAGAAAAAAAAAUUGGGGAGUUCAGAUCAGGACCCCAAACUUGGGUUACCCUCCCCUUCUCUAAAUUAUUUAAUUCCCUAACCUGCAGGUAAAACUCGAUAACAUCUCUGUUUGACUUUGCUUUGACCUGACUGUUUUGGUAAGCAAAAUUUGACUUUGAUGUAAACUGUAACUUGCUAAUAUCUGGAAAAGGCUGUAGUUAUAUAUGACCAUCUUAUUGAUAACAUUGCUACCACCAGGGGAAUUUAGGAAUACAAACUUAUCUGUCUAUUCAAAUUAAUGUCAUUAACUCUUAUGUCCACAAUAUAUUUUGAAGAUGCAUUUGGAAGCAACAAGAGUCUGAAAACAAUAAACGGGUUAAUGACAAAUAUGCUAAAUAUUGCUUAAUCUAAGGGAGGUAAUAUAUUUUCCUGCUUUUAAAUAACUUUACGUGGACUAUUGCCUUUCAAAGGUGUUUUGGGACUGAAGUAUGGAGCACAGUGGACCCAAAAUUUGUUUUUUUGAGGUCUUCUACAGUUAGGUCUUCGUACAUAGGAAGUGGUGUUGAGGACUGAAGUAGGCUUUUGGACAAUGACCUCCUGAGUGUAUAGCACAUUUGCUUCAAUAUUGGUUGUAGUUGCAUUUCAUAAGGUGGCGGUUGUUUGUUACCAAGUAGUUCUCUUUGAAGAACUACUUCUGUGCAAAACCCACAGACAACAGUUGGAUCUUAGAGAAUGAAAGCUACUCCCAGAUGAUUUGAGGGUUGAUGAUGAUAAUAGAGCUAGGAAAUGAAUGAAGCACAGAUUAAAAGGAGGAUGUGGAAUGAAUUAUAACCUGCACUUUUUUUUUGCUGGUGUUGCCUUUUAAAAUCAACUCUUAUUUUAGAAUCUUGAAUGUAUGAUUUACAUCUAGUUCCUUGACAGAUGCUUGCACAGCCGUUAACUUCCAGACUAUGUGAAUCGCCCUGGGACCUCUGAGUAUAGAGCAGUAUAAUAAUAAUAAUAAUAAUAAUAAUAAUAAUAAUAAUAAUAUGUCAGUGACCUCUUUGGAAGGAAUGCACAAGGUGGUACGGGUUGGCAAUCAUUCAAAUUGUGAGAUGGUUGGCCGGUUUACUCACUGUGAAAGAAUGGUCAUGGCCUUGACAAAAAGAAUCAUAGAACAGUAGGGACCCUGAGGGUCAUCUAGUCCAACCCUCUGCAAUGCAGCUGUUCCAUAUGGGGAUAGAACCUGCAACUCUGGUAUUAUUACCACCAUGCUCUAAACCAACUGAGCUAUGCAGUUUUCUUAGUGUCCCCUUUCUCUGGAAUGGACAAUUCAUCUGCAUGAAUAGGGGCUUGGACCUGUGCACCACAAGGUGUGUUUAUAUGUGUGUGCGGUUUUUGGGAAAUGAAUGGGUAGAAGAACAUAAGAGCAGCCUGCUGGAUCAGGGCAGUGGCCCACCUGGUCCAGCAUCUUGUUCUCACAGUGGCUAGCCAGAUGCCUCUGGGAAACCCGCAAGCAGGAUUUGAGCACCAGAACACUCUCCCUUCCUGUGGUUUCCAGCAACUGGGGUUCAGAAGCAGGCAGAGAGAGACAGUUUAGUAGUGCCACUUUAGAGCAGUGUUUCACAACCUUGGGUUUCUAGCUGGUUUUGGACUACAACUCCCAUCAUCCCUAGCCAGCAAGACCAGUGGUCAGGGAUGAUGGGAACUGUAGUCUGAAAACAGUUGGAGACCCAAGGUUGGGAAACACUGCUUUAGAGCAGCCUACCAUAGCUGCUCUCUAGCAGUUGGAUUGAUUCUCUCUGCUUAUAGGACCACUUUGCUUAUACAGUAUAUUUGUAAAUUAAAGAAAUAUUGUAAGAAUGCCCUAAAUCCCCAGCAUAGGUGCUGACUCCUAGGGGCCAAAGCAGUUUCGGCCCCCAUAAUAUUUUUUUGGGGGAGUGGGCCCCUCAGUAUUCAAAGGAUGUGUCUGGCGCUUCUGAUCAUCUGGAUGAACUGGUGUGUCUGAUCUUCAGUGCUUUCUCAUUCAAAGGAAUUUUAACCUUGUUGUGCUGUCUUGGAACACCUCACCACUUGGAAAUAUGUGUGCUAUGUACUAAUAUGAUGGCUGACAACAAGCAGGUGAGGAUAAUGGUGCACUAUUUUGUUAAUGGUGUGCUCUCUCUAGGGAAAGAUUUGUCAGCGACUCUUGCCAGAAUCAUUCUUACCUUGAGAAUGUGUUACUUUGAUAAGUUCGGAACAUGUAAAGAGGAAUUGAUUGCAAUUGUUGCCCAUAAAAUCAGACUAAAAUUUGCUGAUGUGUUUCCUACCAAGGUGAGCCUUUGGUUGGUUGGUUGGUUUGGUCUGCCAUGCUUUCCCCUGGAUUCUGUGGUUAUAAAAAAGUAAAUGAAACUGGAGUCAUACCAAGGGGGAGCCUAGCAGGCUGUGCUGAGUAACUGCAUCUCCUUGAAAAAGCUGCCACCUUGAUCUGGGGACCAGUUCACACUUAAACGUAAGCAGUUGUGCCCUUCCCCAAACAUAGGCAUGUUUUGGGAAACACUGGGAUCUUCCCUCUUAAGGUGGUAGACCUGUCAAUUGACUGGUGAAAUGCUGACAGAUGACUUGGUUAUUUGGCUAUUGUCCACUGUGUACAUGACAGCUUAACUUUUUAUUUAUUGUGAAUAGCACUAGAAAGAACGAUAUUUGCACAUUUUUGUUGUGGUGAAGAUGGGGUGUGUAUGCUCGUUUUGAUCACUUCUGGCAAACUGAUGCCUGAUGUAAUGUUUCUUUUAGAGACUUGUAGUCUCUCUAAGCUACGCCCCUCUGCAUUUGGCAUAUAGCUGCUCAACUUUCUCCAAUUAGGUGUGGUUCUCGUGUUUUGGAGUGUUAAGUCAAAGAAACUCCUGGCAUCUGAACUUCAUUUGUGGAGAAGUAGUGCAGAAAAGGAACAAAGAGGUAUAAUGGCAUAUGGCAUUUCAAACAAUUUGCAGAAUUGUAAACAUUUCGCCUGUGUUCUGCUGGAUUACUUGGCUAACAAGAUCCAACAUACUGUCUUUUGAAAACUUGGAACGUUUUGCUAUGGUAUCGAAAGACACCUAAGAAAGUGAUGUGAACAGAAUUAUGUUUUACUCUGGUUACUGUGUCAACUUCAAACUUACGUAUGUUGUUUACAAUUAAAAGAUUGAAAGCAUAAGAUAAAAGAAUACAACAUGGAAGUUGAAUCACAACAGAAUAAAACCAGCAACAGUGUAAUGUGAAUUAUCUCUGAGCAUUGAUAUGCCACACUGAAAUUUAUUUAUGACAUAGUUCUCUCUUGGAAGUUCAAAUACCUAAUCCAUACCCUCCCUUGUGUUAAUGGAGGAUGGGGUGGGGAGAGGAUUAUGAAAUACAUUGUAAUGUGAUAUCUGAAGCAAGACCUCUGUAAGAUUUGCCUCUACCAGUCAUUUGUGUGUGUCACAGCUGUUUUCUACAGACAGUUGGCAGCUGCACACUCAGACAGACAGGCCAUGCCAAGUCCCAUAGUGACCAUUUUCAGCCAUAUGUUGAUGAAGGCUUGAUAACGUUGAUGGUAAUGGGGAGACUUAAUGAAGGAUUUUCCUUUUUCCUCCUUUGCCAAGAAACAUGCCCCCCCAGCAAAAAAAAAAACACCUUUCUGUUACACUUCUAAAUAUUUAAGAGGGAACUCAAAUGUGUAAUUCUUUGUGGAGGGCUAAGGAUAAAAUCAAAUGAAAAGUGCUACCAGGAAUUUCAGGUUGACAAAAUGAAAUGGCAAAUAAAGUCUUCUGGCUCUUUAUUCGCAAAGGAUUCUGUUGGUGCAGAAGUAAUUGAAAUCACAUAAAAGUUAGAAAUGUGUGUUUGUUUGCAGUGUUUAAUAAUUCAGUGUGGCGGUGUUUUAAGGAAGACAGAUGGCAGCAAUAGCUUCUUAAUUCUGAUAUGAGCCUUAUUAAUUUUCAAGUGAGCAACAGAAGCAGCUGGCAAGAUGAGAAAAUCCAUCCCAGUUGUAGUGUGGUUAGUGGUUGUCAUUGCCUGAGCCAGAGGACUCAGCUGGGUGCAGCCCUGAUGGCCAACUAAUGAGAGUCUCAGUGUAGGACAAACAUUCCUCCUGCCUUUGAGAUGGUAUGGGGAUCGGCAUAUCAGCGUAUUUAUCCAUAUUUUGUUUACACUUAAUAUUUAAUAUGCAGCAGAUAUGUAGAGCUGCUCAUAAUGUGUGUCUCAUGAUUGGAAAUGCAUGCUCCAUCUUCUCUUAACGCAAGAAUUGUCUUGGUGGAAGAGACCAGAGCUCCUCCUCACUUAGCGUUCUGCUUCCAACACGGCCAGCCAGAUUUCUCUGGGAGCUCACAACCAGGGACUGGCUACUUCUCCAUGAACAUUGGGAGGGAGGUUAUUGGUUUGUUUUGUUUAUUCUGUAUUUUUAUGCUGUGAACCACUCUAAGAUAUUCAGAUGAUGGGCAUAAAAAAUGAAAUAUAAACAUUUCUAAUUCCUUUAAAAGCAAUCUAGGCUUGUGGCCAUGAUUAAUAGUUAGCCAGGUGUUUGUACACUUACAUCUAAGUGUUCAUAUACAAAAUUUUGUUUCUGAGAACAUCUGAACCAGCCAACCGAAUUAAUCUUUACAUUCAUUUUUUUAUAGUCUUGUUGAAAGUUAGGCUUGUUCAUUAUGGGAGGGCUGCCCCAUUUGUGUCUCUGCCCUCAUUGUAUCCUUUUUUUUUUUAACUUUUCAUAGAAGAAAUGUGCUGCCACAUCAAGGGUGAGGAUGAAUAUAUACCACCUGGGAAUUGACCUGCCCCUGUGAUCUCUCAGUUGUACUGCUUUCCCCUAGGCAACAUAACAACAUCUUCAAUGACUGUAUCUAAUUAAACCUUGCUUCUCAGAAAGUUACCUGGUUAUCUUUAUGGAUAGCCUUAAAUAAAGGAUGAUGUAGUUUGAUAAAUAAAUCUAGCAGUUGAUUUUUCCAUGGCAUCAGAAAUUUUAUGGUCAAUAAAUCUGUUUUGCUUUUUCCUAGAGAACAGACAAUAUUAACUCUGUGCUAUACUGUCAGUACAUGAAAGAUUUGUUCUAAUCUAUUAAGGCUCCCUGCAUUCCAUCGCCUGGAUCAUCUUAGCUGCUCUGCUUCUUUUUUUCUGUGCCUUUGCCUAUGAAGGGCAGGUUCAAAUGUUACUAGAAAGCUCAAAGCUCUUCCUCAUGGUUCCUCAGACAUCUAAAAGCUGUUUACAUCACACAUUUACCCAAAUAUGUGCAGUGUCCUGUUUCACCAUCAUCAUCUGGCAGUGUAGGGCACUUUAUACCCAUCCCACCCCUUGGCUUCCACAUGUUAAUGUUUGUAGAUGAGCAUCAAUAAAGGGAAGAAUGUGCUCUAGUCUAAUGAAGGAGGCAGGUAAUUCUUGAACUGGCUUUGCUGCAAACUGUUUAUCCCUCUGUCCAAGAGAUGAGCACUUUCUGAAUCCUCAAAGAUCGCUCAUUUUCCUGACAGUAGUCUAGAGGCCAGAAGUAAGGUAAAGGUAAAGGGACCCCUGACCAUUAGGUCCAGUCGUGACCGACUCUGGGGUUGCGGCGCUCAUCUCGCUUUAUUGGCCGAGGGAGCCAGUGUUUGUCCACAGACAGCUUCCAGGUCAUGUGGCCAGCAUGACUAAGCCACUUCUGGCGAACCAGAGCAGCGCACGGAAACACCAUUUACCUUCCCACCGGAGCGGUACCUAUUUAUCUACUUGCACUUUGACGUGCUUUAGAACUGCUAGGUUGGCAGGAGCAGGGACCGAGCAAUGGGAGCUCACCCCGUCGCAGGGAUUCGAACUGCCGACCUUCUGAUCGGCAAGUCCUAGGCCCUGUGGUUUAAUCCACAGCGCCACUCGCGUCUCAUAGAGGCCAGAAGUAUGUUGUGCCAAAUAAACAGACUGUCAGUGAAGGUGGACUAUAAAUGCAGAAAUGUGAAAAAUGGCAUCAAGCGAAGGGUUAGAUGAAAUUGGUUUGGGUGGUGGAUUUACCAGUUGGCCAUCUUACCUUGAUCCAUAGAAGUGUGCUUUCCCUUCAGUUGCCUGUCACUGGAGUGCCUUGGUAUAAAUACCAUUCCUACUUAAGGGGGAACUGUUGUUCAAAUGGUCUCAAACAACAAUAGACAGGAAGCUGCUAUGUACAAUUUAAACCACUACCAGCAGCUUCUUUUUAAAGCUCUGCUAGGCUGCCUGUUCUAAAUGUCAUUUUUACGCUUAUUUUCAUUAUACGAAAUUGUUUUUAUUUUGUUUCAGCCAUGGAAGAAUUAAUAGUUGAACUACAGCUGUUUCUUCAGCUUCUGGACCAUGAAUACUUAACAACCACAGUCAGGGAGAAGAAGGCAGCUUUGAGUAACAUUCUUCUGAGGAUACAAUCAUCAAAAGGUUAAUGCCAAGUUUAUGUUAUUAGCAUAUGGUGUGGGGUGAGGUAAGACUGUGUUUAACCCAGAGCACUAGGAAAACAAAACCUCACCCAGUUCCCCCCUCCUCAUCUUGUUGCAGUCUGGCUUACAGGUUCUGCACCCGAGUAGAACAGCAUUUCCAAGUGGCCAUUCUUGCAGGGGUGAACCUUCUGGUGGUUCCCUCACUGCGAGAAGUGAAGUUACAGGGAACCAGGCAGAGGGCCUUCUCGGUAGUGGCGCCUGCCCUGUGGAACGCCAUCCCAGCAGAUGUCAAGGCAAUAAACAACUAUCUUACUUUUAAAAGACAUCUACAGGCGGCCUUGUUUAGGGAAGUUUUUAAUGUUUGAUGCUGUAUUGUGUUUUUAAUAUUCGGAUGGAAGCCGCCCAGAGUGGCUGGGAAACCCAGCCAGAUGGGCUGGGUAUAAAUAAUAUAUUAUUAUUAUUAUUAUUAUUAUUAUUAUUAAUUAUUUAUUAGUGCUGAGUGCAGGGAGUGUGGUCAAAUUGGGCACAAACAGUGCAUGCCUCUAACAGGGAACAGGGGUGUUUCAUGGAGUUGGGGGGAGGAAGGAGGAGGGUUAACUCUUCUCUGCACAGCAGUUAGGCUUGAAAGCAGCUUCUCAUUCAGCCCAAUGAAAGGCUGUUUUCAAGUCUCAUUUCCCUGCGUGUGAGGGACUUCUUUUUUAAGGGGUGGUGGUGCCACAGGGCAUGGAGAGUGGAGGGUUGACCGCUUACUUUCUGACCCUUCUAAAACUGCCACCCCACGGCAUUUUGUCUUGAAAACAGCCAUUGGUUUCAGUUAAAGGCUGUUUUCAAGGGAGGAGGGGGUCUUUGCACUGGACAGGCCACAACUCUCACUAGUGCCCCAUUCCCAGAGGAAAGAUUUGCAUCAUUCUCUUCAUUCCUCAAGUGGGGGCAAGAGUGCCUUCCCAUUCUUUUCUUUGCAGCUCCAAGGAUGUUCCCUCAUGAUAAACUUUAGUGGCUUCUUAAAGUAAGGAUUCUUAACUCCCCUUUUGUUUUCAUUUUCAUUUAGCAAGUCACUGCCCUUGUUUUAAUGUGUUAUUCCUUCUCUCCCACCCCAUGUCCUAUGUAUGUGUAAGCUUUGAGUUGAUGCCAUGGUAAGCAUCACCAACUCCAUUAAUUAAUAUCAAUUUUACAUAGUCUUUUCCCCGUCCUCACAUUAGAUUUUGAAAUAAAAGAAAAUGCACAGAAACAAGAGGUUACCGGUAACUUACCUGCUCCUCCGCAGAUGCCUCUGCCAGAGAUUCCUCAGCAAUGGCUGGUGAGUAUAUUCCAAGUGUUUGCUAAUGAAGAGCUCUUUCUCAAUUUUUUUUAAAUAGUACAGCUUUGGAAUUCGUUUACCUAUUUGUUUAUUUGAAUGUAUAACCUGUUCCCUCAUAUGUAAUUAAAGUGUGAAAGCAUAUUCAGUAGGAUGAUUUGCCAUACCUUCCUUGCCAUACCUUCUACUUGUAUAGCAAUUUGACUUUCACUUUGAGCUAAUACUUAGCAGAUUAUCCACCAGGUCUUCCUGUUCAUACUUAAAUAUCAUUGAAACAAAUUUGCUUAUUGGCUAUUCCCAGUGUUUCGUUUUCAAUGAAGAUACUACACCAAAUUUUCACCCAAUUUUAAUUGAUUUCCAUAUUUGAUGCCUGCCAAUUAAUAUUUUGCGAUAUUGGAUAGCUGACAUGUUAAUCAGUCUCAGUUGUUUUCAUACUUCUAUCUUCAGGGAAUAAUUGCUCUACUGACAUAUGCCAGGGAAUUUAUCUGUGUUCUCCACAGAAUCCCUGAACAUUGUACAAGAUGCUGCAAUGUGUUCUUGGGUCUUGUACUCACUUGGGUCUUGUAACACCAGACAUUCCUGUGGUUGCACAUGCAGACCAAGUGCACAGGCUGUCUUUAAUCUACUCUUCCAAAGAACUCAGGGUACCCUGGACAUAGUGUGAAAAUCCCUCUUACAGUGUAAAUGACUAUAUUUUAUGGCUUGAAUGCAAUAGAAGUUAAUAUGAGACAGUAUUUGACAGCAAGCGUAUAAUUGUAUUUAACUUACAGCAUUUGAUAGACUAUAUUUGCUAAUAUUUACUGUAUUUUUCGCCCUAUAGGACGCAUCGGCCCAUAGGACGCACCUAGUUUUGGAGGGGGGAAAUAAAGGGAAAAAAAUUUAUUUCCCCCCCAGGUGCAGGGCUGGGGCGGGGGAAGCCCGAGCUUCGCCAGCCCCCAGAACAGGCAGCUCUCCGCAAGCCUUGGGAGACUGUCGCGGCUUCCCGCCGGGCUCCCACUGCUUGCGGAUAUCUGCCUGAAGCCCAAACCAGGUCGGGGAACAGCGGGAAGGCGCGCUGCUUCUCCCCGCCGCCAGCCUCCAAACCAGGUUGGGGAACCGAAGCCUGGGGCGCACUGCACAGUCCAAUUGCAUUCCCAGCCCCCUAUAGAACAAAAACAUAAUUACUGCUAAAAAUACAUCACAUUCUGUUCCACCCAAGCACAUUCUAUACAUGAACAACACAUUCACACUAAUGAAACUCAAAAACACCCUAAACUAAUUUGCUCAUAAUUACUAUUCUAGGGCACUGUCAGAUCACACUCCUGACACUAUUCCCACAGUUCAGCUUCCCAUCCUCAAACAACAACAUACUCGCAUGCCUACUCUGUGAGACCCAGACAAACCUGGACAAAUACUGACAUACAAGCAAUAAUCCAUAAACAUCCCGUGAACAAAGCCCUUCAUACCAAGCACUUGCCCUCUCCAUCUCUCACUCUGCAGGGGCAGGUGGGCAGAAUCUCCAGUAGUUCUGAAGGUUAUAGAAGAUAUUUCCUCCAACUUUCUCACAAACCAUGCAGUGACGCUUCACCAUCUUCCUCACACUACACCAAGAAAAAUAAUUCUGUAAACAUGAUGCCUCAUCUAAAUACCCCUCCCUUCCUCCCUUCAUCUCUCACCUACGGGACCAAAGCUACCUUAAUAUCAGGCUGUCUGCAUUCUCCACCUUAAAGAAAAAAACACAUUCUAGCCCACUAAUAAUGUUUAUAUGCUGCCAGAGAAAUAUCUGUUCAAUCCUAUAACUAGUAGUGAAAUUCUUCCAGGUAUGGCUGUUUGGAGUCCUGAAGAGAAUUAAUCCACACCACAUAUUGUUUCAGGUCCCACUUGCUUUCUUCCAAUUCCCAGCAUGAGUAAUUUUUACUUGUAUUUGUUCAUUCUACCACAGCUGUUAAAAUAGCAACAUGAUAAUGUUUAGGGAUCUCCAUCCCUCCUAAUGACUUUCUCAACUCAGUGAUUUUAUUAUUCCCAAUCAGUCUCUUCAACUUGGUUGAACCUGCAUUUUUAUGGAAAGCAUCUGACUCAUCUAGGCACAUUUUGCUGUGGACUAUCUUUGUAAAUGCUGCCACAUCUUAGCCCUAGGCCCAUGUGAUAUUUUAGCAGUUGGGCAAGUACUUUGAUAACUUUAUUCUUGAAUAUUUAACACCUCUGUCUUUCCAUUUAGAUUUAUAAACAUUUGUGUUAUUAUUUUAAACGAUUACCCGUUGCUUGGUUUUGCUUGAUUUACGUUACAACCAGCAGAUUUGCUGAAUUUGUCAGGCCAUGCCAUCCUUUGGCCCUGGGAGUGCGUUGUGUGGGACUGAGUCCUUUCUGGUAGGUCCCCAAACCAGGGGAUGAAUAAUGCCAGCCCUGGAGGUGGCAUAGUCUGGUCCCUUUUAUUUCCCUCCCAUUGCUUUCAAUAGAAGGCAAAUAGUUAAAGUGGGGGAAAGGAAAAGGGUGGAGGGACACAAGAGCACUCCUCCACCCUGUUGACUAGACUAGCAGGUCAUUCAAGUAUAUUUGGUACUCUUUCCUUUCUUAAGAAAUAGCCUUGCAGUAGCCAAUAAAUUCUCCACUGAUACAGAGUCCAUCAUAAUCACUCUCUCUACUUUGUUACACAUCGUCUUGAUGUGGAAGACUUUUGGGCGCAGUCCUGUGCUGCUAAGUAAUUGGAAGAACACUCAGAUCACAUUUCCCUACCUUAGAAGAAAAGGCAGCUUAGCUGAGUGGUCUGCUGUAAUUACACAAAAGCUGCAUUUGGACGUUCACAUUUCCAUGCAGGAUUCCUAAGUUGCAAGAUCUGAACAUAAUGUAAAACAACAACCACAACACCUUGAUGUUUUCUUUUGGCCAUUCAAUGUGCUUCACUUUUGUGGAGCUGCCCUUGGGUCUGGUUCAGAAGCUCCAGAUGGGGCAGGAUGCCGUGGCCAGAUUGAUGAUGGGAGAUUCUGGUUGAGAACAUGUGACUGUGUUGUUAAAGCAGCUGCAUUAGCUGCCCCAUCUGCUAAUGAGCCACGUUUAAGGUUCUUGCAUUGAUUUACAAAGCCCUGAACAACUUGGGGCCUGGAUACCUCAGGGACCGCCUGGACCCUUAUAUUCCAGCUCAGCCGCUGAGAUCAUCUGCAAGAGAGGUUCUGGUCAUUCCCAGAGCUGGUGAGGCUUGUUUGACAGCAAUGAGAAAUUGAGCUUAAAGUGUCAUCGGCCCAGUCCUGAGAAACACCCUGCCAACAGAGAGUCAGGGGGUGCCUUCUGUGCCAACUUCUGAAUGCCUGCUGAAAAGUUUUCUGUUGUGCCAGGCCUAUGUAGGCAAUUGGGAGUACACCCCCACAAUGGUCUAUUGAUGCCUGGUUUUUGUUUUUUUGCUUUUAACUUGUUUUUAACUUUUUAUUAUUUUAUUGCCUGCUUUUAUGUUUUUAUAUUGUUGUAAACCGCUGCAAUAAUAGUUUUUUGAUACAGUGGUAUAUUAAUAUAAUAUGAUAUAAAUAUUAAAUAAAUAAAUAAAUAAAUAAUAACGAAAAUAAACUUUCCUCCCGCAUUUAGCCACCAGAUAAUGGUCCACCACCAUUACCUUCCUCAUCCCUUCCUGAAGGUUACUAUGAGGAAGCAGUACCACUCAGUCCAGGAAAGGCUCCAGAAUACAUCACAUCUAGUAAGUAAAAGAUACACAACUGAGUAAAGUCAACUGCAAACAGGAAAAAAAUGCAGACAAUAUAUAAUAUAUCUGCACAAAACUGAUAAACCUGUUUUAGCUAAACUAGAUUCCAUUUCAUUUGUUGGUAGGAUUGAGAAGCUAAAUGUUGAGCCUGUGACACUUGAUCAGUAUUCUAGGUUACCUACCAAGAAUUAUUUUUGCUUGCUGUAUGCUACUCAAGCAUUCAAGACUGUCUUGCACUUUUCAAAUAAUGAUCCGCUUGACCUUUUUACCAAGCAAUUCUAACUAUAGGAAGCCAGCAGAAUCUACUCUGGGUAAUUUAAACUGCCAUAAAUGAAGCUGGCAUAAGUUGCCCUUAUUUCCAAACUCCAUUGAGGAACAAGGCUACUGCUGGCUGUGCUGGCCUGAGUCUGCCAGAGGGAAAACAAGCCUUUAAAAUAGAGUUUGACUUACACCACCUUUUUUGACGGUGUAGGUUCCAUAGGAUUAUAGAGUUGGAAGGGAUCCUGAGGGUCAGCUAGUCCAAUCCCUUACCAGGAUCUUAGGUCACAUGACCAAGCUGAAGGGGGUUUGGAAUAGGUGCAAGUCACCCAUGUGUUAUCCCACCCAGCCACACUCCUUUUUACACUGGCCUCAGUUCAGCCAGCUUUGGCUGACCUGGGAUAGGAGACUUACCUGCUGUGCCUCUGGCUAAGCCAGGAUAAGGGCUCAGCGAGAAAACUUACUUAUCAUCCUGGUGGAUCAUGGGUUUGAAUUGUGCUGUCACUAUAUCUGUGGCUUCAGUGUUAGAAACAGAAUGCCUUUGAGCACCAAUUUCUGGGGAUUCUGAGCAAGAGAGGGCUUCCCAUAGACAUCUGGUUGGCUCACUUAAGAAUGUCGCAUUGAAGUCAUUGUGGGACUGCACAAACUGAUUAAACAUUUGCCCUUUCAUGGGCAUAUAAAACUUAUUUUAUGUACAAGGAAGUAGGCCUGGGAUUUGGGUGUCUUUCAGAUCAGCAUUUUCCUUCUCACAUUAUGAGGAAGUGUAGUUAAUGAGAGAGGGCUGGACAACAAGACCCUUAAACAUUUGAACCAACUUCCCAAACAAAUAGGCUUAGGAUUCUGCAUUUCUUCCUUUGUUUUAUAGUUAUUGCGGCUUUGGUUAUUAUUUGUAAGCUAACUUUGCUAGUGAAAAUGUAAAUGUGAUACAGUCAUACCUUAUGUUACAUCCGCUUCAUGUUACGUUCUUUCACGUUAUGUCCCGUGGCGACCCAGAAGUACCGGAGAGGGUUACUUCUGGGUUUUGCCGCUCGCGCAUGCGCAGAAGUGCAAAAUGACGUCACACGCAUGCACAGAAGUGGCGAAUCACAACCUGCACGUGCGCAGAUGUGGCGCUGCGGGUUGCACUCUUUUCGCAACCAGAGGUACCACUGUACUUCUAUAAAAAGUUACUCAGUAGAGUUACAUCUAUUGAUCUUUUACUCUACUGAUACCACUUAAGAAAAUGUUUUGAUAGACACGAGAUCAUUCUGAGCAGACUGUUUUGUUCCAAAUGUUGCUUUGUUGGAAUGUGCUGUUUGGUUAAGUUUAUUUUAAUAGAACUCCCCACCCCACCACUUUUGUCUUAAGAUUACGAUUCUGAUGCUAUGAGCAGCUCUUAUGAGUCUUAUGAUGAAGAGGAUGAGGAUGGGAAAGGGAAGAAAAUGAGACACCAGUGGCCUUCUGAAGAAGCAUCGAUGGACCUUGUUAAGGAUGCUAAAAUCUGUGCCUUCCUUUUAAGAAAGAAGCGAUUUGGGCAGUGGACUAAACUGCUUUGUGUGAUCAAAGAAAACAAACUACUGGUGACUAAAAUUUAUGUUUUUUUUGUGAUAAUGCCAGUUAUAGUGUUUUGAAACCUGAGAAAACUAUCCAUGAAGCUGUGAGCCACCUGCCUGGGUGUGCUGGCUGACUUGCUGCUGCCAUUAGUCAUGGAUUGGCUCUCUUUCCCUUCAGAAACAGGGACCUAAUCAAUCUAGUAGACGCCUGGUGAAAACAUAACCAGUAGGACAACCCACUUAUCACAAAAUCUCACAACAGCAAAAUUUAUUGCCAUAGUGCAAAAGCUUUGUGGAUCAGAGUACUAGAAUUCAGCUGGGGCUUCUGUUUCAUUACUAGUUUUUCUGACAACAAAUUUUAUUGCUAUUUUAGAAACCAUGACAUGGUCUCAAUAUAGUUGUGCUAAUGUUGAUGCUGUUUAUUUUUGAUUAGUGGAAAAAUGAAGCAAUUUUUUUUUUAGCUUUAGAUUGGAGCUGCUUUUUGCGCACAAUGAAGCUUUAUCCUAAUAUCAUUCUUAACUGUGUGUUUAGUGCUAUAAGAGUUCAAAGGACCAACAGCCUCAGAUGGAACUUUUGUUGAGUGGCUGCAGUAUUACAUACAUUCCCAAAGAUAGUAAAAAGAAGAAGCAUGAGCUGAAAAUCACACACCAGGGGCAAGAUGCUUUAGUGCUUGCUGUACAGAGCAAGGAGCAGGCAGAUCAAUGGCUGAAGGUACGUACUGCAAUUUUAACCAGUCCCAUUUCCUAUAGUGAUCUUGGUGCCAUAAAAGUGUGUUUAAGAAUGUGAGUAAACUGGAAGAUCUGUUUGAAGUGUGAAGUGUUGGCACUAUUCCCUAACUCGUGGCGUUGGGGCAUGCAGCAGCGUUGGCCCAUGGUGUGGUGCAGGUGGGUCUACAUUGCUCUCCCAGCUUCCCAACGCCAUGUUUUGGCUGCUGCUUACUGAGAGGGUGAGGUGCAGGCAGCGCAGCAUGGUCCCCCACGCUGUGGCAGGAGAGUCAAAUUGGCUCUGCCGCUGCGCAUCACACUGAGCAUCAUGCUGAGCUGUUCAUGCCAUGCCCCUUGGUAAGUAGCAGCCACACAUGGUGUUGGGGGGUUGGGAGAGCAGCGCAGCUCCACCCCAUGCAUCCUGCCAGCUGCUACUGGAGGCAUGAUAAUUCAGCCCACUAGUAUCCUUAAGCCAUACAUAAACAUUGUAUGACAUGGCUCAGUGUGGUGGUGUUGUUGUUGCUGUUGUCCUCCUCUGAGGAUUCAAUCAACUGGCGAUGUGACCUAGUGCUCAUUCAUCUUUUAAUCUGCUUCUGCCUUAUCAAAUUUUCACUCCCAGCUCCUACUUUUUGUUGUUUUACUUUUUUCUGUUCAUAUGUUUGGUUAUUUAAAAAAGGGUAAUUAUUCAGGUUUCACCAACGUGAUCCGAAGUAGCUGAAAUGUAAAUGGCCCUAAAGUUAGUCCUGAUUCAGUUCACUUAAAAGUCACCAGAUUUCACUUCUCUUGUUCCAUUGGGACUUUGUUCCAAACAAUUGCAGCUUGGCUGAUGACUGCACAUUGUAGAAUGUUAGGGCUAUCUUUUUGUAGUCAAAAAGUGUUGUUUCUCUAAAAAUCUAAGGCAAAAAGUGUUAACGUUUGUAUUUAUGAUUCUGUAGUAGCCACUUAAAAUUUUCCUGCCUUAGGGGGGCUCCGAAGCGUCCAUAUUUUGAAAUCCAACUGCACAAUAGAAAGGCAGGUGAUUAAUUUUGGCAGAAAGUUGUCCUUGACCUCAGAAACGGAAUGAGCUUGAUGCUACUACUCUUAUCAAGGCACUUUUGCCACAUAGUAAGCAGUUGCCUGUAAUUGCUAAAGUUCAGUUUUUCAUAUACUUCCACCUACUUUGCAGUGUUGAAGCCUAAAUUAAUUUCAGAAGGACUCUCAGGCAAAGUAACUUUUCUCCUGUGGCUCUUGAAAUUUAUUAAAGUAGUUUAUGAAGAAUUCUUUCCCAUUUGCUUUUACAUGCUGUUUCGUUUGCAAAUUGGCAUUCUGAUUCAUGCCCGUUUGCACAAGGGAGCAGCUACCUUGUAAGGACUGAAGGGCUAUUUUCACACUGCCUGUUCUGCUUCAGAGACCAGAUACACUGGCUAGAGUGGAAGCCUGUCUCACAUGCAGCCUUCUCUCAUUCUAACUCCACUCCUUCCUUGCAAAUGAGCUAUUUUGCAAUACAGGAACCUUCCCAGAAUCGACAUCUUCAUUAAAUGCCUUAUAAAAUGUUGUGGUUUAGUCACCAGUGUGCCGCUUGGUGGCAAAUGGCAGUGUGAAUACAGUCACAUCUUUCCCCUGCUUGCCCUAUCGUAGAGUGUACUGUAUAUCUCCUUUAAAGUUUUGUGUUUGAAGCAGCAGGUUCCCCACUAACUCUCCACACAGCUGGCUGGUGCAGCCCCUUGUUCUUUGCCUCAGGUCUGUCAUGUCUUGUGCCGUCUUGUCCUGUCUGGAAUCCUCCUUUGAUGGGAUCUCCUCCUAUGUGUCCAUGCUCCUUUCCAAGUUGGGAGUCCUCUUUUGAAUAAGUGUGUUUUGGAGCUGUCCUGGUAGCGGUAAGCUUCAGAGACCCUUUGAUCUAUUCUGGAGCCUCUUUUGCCUGUCUCUGUUUUGCCUUGUAGCCUGAGCUCCGCUCCUGCUCCCAACUUCCUGCCCUGCCUGCAUGACGGCACCUUUUCAGUUCUAACUGUAUAUGCUUCUUCUGAGUUCCCUUUGUGUGAGCCUAGGUCCUGUGCCUACUUGUUUGUGCUGGAUUCUUGCAUAACACUUUCCCCAGAUCCGUAAAAAACCUUUCCCUUGCAUGUUACUUGAACUCUGAUUUUCAUCAGCUUAUAAAGUCUACUUCCUUGGUCUAAACCAGAAAAGAGGAAAGUCUCUUUCACAACAUUGAUUUGUAGUAUUUGUCCCUUACCUUUUGAUCUCAAAAACGGAAUUGUUAGUUAAAAUUUCUGAUACAGGAUUUCCUCCCUCUUUUGUCUCUCUCUGCCCAAUUUCCUGAUAAGAACUUAGCCUAAGUGCUGAUGUUGGUCUCUGAGCUCUAUUUGGGUUUCUGAAUUAUAUUGUCUGACUUCCUCUGGUUGCUUAAACUAUUGGUAACAGGUUCUUGACACAGAGUGUGCCUCAAUAUGGAAAGCUACUACUAUACCAUAAACAUCAGUAUGCCUAUCUACCUUCCUACUUUUUUUCCUGUGUCUUUCAAUUCUGGUUUGAUGGGCGCUAUAUAUAUAUAUACUCUGGAGCACUAGGAAGGUUCAGAUGGAUCAGGCAGGUUUGUUUGCUUUCCCUACUCUAUGCUCUGCUUAUUUGUGGGGAAUUUAAGAUAAUCUUCUUUUUUAAAAUAUAUUAUUCCAUUUCCUUUGCCUUUCUCCUUUAAUCUCUGAGGUAGGUCUUCCUAAGUAUAAGUAGGUGAGGCACAUGGUGUUGUUUCAUUCCAAUACUUGAGGAUGGAUUAUGUAGCCAAGAAUCCCAAAAACUGUUGCAGAUUUCUAAUAGUUGUCUUGUCAAAGCACUUUUAAGUGACUUCAUUCUAAGUGGUUUUUUUAUAAUAAUUUUUUAUUCAUUUUCCAAACAUUUUUAUACAAUCAACUCAUAUUAACUCUCACAUUCAUCAAUUUUUAACUUCCCUCAGUUUCUCUGCCAAUCUUUCGUUAAAAUUUCUAUUGUUAACGCAUUUCUGAACUUAUUAUUGCCUUUAAUCAUUCCUCUUCCUUUCUCCUACUUUCUUUUUUACAAUAUUUCUUAAUUUUUCACAGAGACUCUUCAAAACCAACAAGCGUUGUCUGUGCAUCACAUAUGCUUUUCAGAUAAUCUGUAAAUUUCCCCAGUCCUCGAUAAACUUUUGGUCUUUCUGAUAUCGAAUCUUCCCAGUCAGUUUAUCCAAUUCCGCAUAUUCAGUCAGUUUCAUUCUCCAUUCUUCCACAGCUGGAAUUUCUUCCUGCUUCCAUCUUUGCGCCAGAAGUAUUCUUGCAGCUGUUACAGCGUAUUGGAAAAGUUUACAAUCUUUUCUAUUAAUUUCAUUACCUACCAAUCCUAGUAAGAAGGCUUCUGAUUUUCUAACAAAUGUAUAUCUCAACAUCUUUUUCAAUUCCUUAUAUAUCGUUUCCCAGAAGCCUUUCACCUUUUUGCAUUCCCACCACAUAUGAUAGAAAGUUCCUGCUUUUCUUUACAUUUCCAACACUUGUUACAUGUUUUAUACAUUUUAGCUAAUUUAACUGGCGUUAUGUACCAUCUAUAUACCAUUUUCAUUACAUUUUCCUUUAACGCGGUACACGCCGUAAAUUUUAACCUUUCAUUCCAUAAUUUCGUCCAAUCAUCAUAUUGUAUAUUAUAACCAAAGUCUCUGGCCCAAUGUAUCAUUACUGAUUUCACCUCUUCAUCUUUUUAAUGCCAUUCCAACAACAUUCUAUACAUUUUAGACAAAUUUUUAUACUCAUUAUUCAAUACCUCUAUUUGAAAUUUUGAUUCUUUUCCUUCAUAUCCACACAUUUUACAGUCUUUUUUAACAUUUCACUAAUCUGGUAGUAGUGCAACCAAUCAUAAACAAAUUCUUUCACCUCUUCAUAAGUCUUCAUUUUCCAUUCCCCCCCCCCCUUACUAUCAAUUCUCCAUAAGUUAUCCACCUCCCCCUCAUGUUUAUCUUUUUCACACUCAUCACUUCCAAUGGUGAAAGCCAAAGGGGGAGUCUUGGUUCCAACAAAUUUUUAUACCUCUCCCACACCUAUAUCAAUGAUCUUCGGAAAAUGUGGUAUUCAAAUCCUUUAUGAAUUUUUUUCUUUUCAUACCACAGAUAUGCAUGCCACCCGAAUCUAUUAUCAAAUCCUUCUAAAUCUAACAACUCUCCAUUCACUAAUUUAAUCCAUUCCUUUAACCAACAGAGGCAUGAUGCUUCAUAAUAUAGUUUCAAGUCUGGCAGGGCAAAGCCACCUCUUUCUCUCGCAUCUGUUAAUAACUUAAACUCAUUCUAAGUGUUUUUUGCACAUUGUUCAGUAGUAAUAAGGGGAAAUGUGUAAUCCUAUGUAACAUGAAAUAAAAUAAAUCUUGCUCUUCAGAUUUUACUUUUGGAUAAAAUUGGUCAAGUCUUGUUAUUUAACAUACUCACUGCAUAAUAUACACCAAAAUUCUUCUUUAGUCAUCUGCCGCAUAUUGUGAAAUAAUCAACCAUAUAUCUAUUCUGAUAAAAUUCCUGGGGAAAACUUUGCACCUUUUACUUUUCAGUAGCUGUUCUGAAUAUUUUUUUGUGUGUAGCUGGGGGAAUAAUUUAUCAUCAAGGUUUUCCAAUGGUUCCAUCAGUGAAAGCAUUUCAGCUUGCCCAACAGAAUGAUCUCCCCUCUCCCCCUGCACAGGCUGUUCAGGGAGGGUCUCCAGGCCCCUCAGAGGUCAUUGGGGGAUACAUGGGGGAGGAGAGGAAUGUCUCAUUCUGCUAGUGUUGUGCAUCUGCUUAGUUGAAUCAGGUCCAAAGUGCUUUAAAAUAUUUGUUUAGACAUAAUGAUAAUCCCAUGUGUGUUCAUAAGUAAACUGAUUAUAUUGAUUUUUUUAAAAACAACAACCCAACGUUGGAGAAACAGCAUACGCAAAGUUAGUAUAUUCAGAAAUAGCAAACAGAAGUCAUUUUGGUUAUAGUGUAAAAUCUCAACAUUUUAUUUAACUUCCAACAAAAGACAGGGAAGAAAGAAAUAUGACUCUCUGUGUAUCGUGAUCACAAUACUUCAGUACUGUAAAUCUCAAAGCCAUCAAAUUACAGUGGUGCCUCACAAGACGAAAUUAAUCCGUUCCGCGAGUCUCUUCGUCUUGCGGUUUUUUCGUCUUGCGAAGCACGGCUAUUAGCGGCUUAGCGGCUUAGUGGCUAUUAACGGCUUAGCGGCUUUAAGAAAAAGGAAACAAACUCGCAAGAACUCGCAAGAGGUUUCGUCUUGCGAAGCAAGCCCAUAGGGAAAUUCGUCUUGCAGAACGACUCAAAAAACAGAAAACUCUUUCGUCUAGCGAGUUUUUCGUCUUGCGAGGCAUUCGCCUUGCGGGGCACCACUGUACAAACAUUUUGCAACAACUAUGGCCACAACAAUGGCAUUCCAGCUGUUACCUUUCCUGAAGUGCCACUCUUGUCAGAAAUGUGUCUCAUUCAGCAGCUUGUUUCAGGUUCUGAAAAGGUUCUUCCAGGUUUUGUAAACAAUUCUAGGUAUGAUGUAAUAAGAUGGAGUUUUGGAAAAAAUCCUGUCUGGACCAUGUGUCACAUAUCACACAAAUUGUGUAAUUCUCGGGUUAUUUUUCAAGGGAUUGGUCCCCCCUCCUUCCCAGUCUUCAUUCUCUUAAAGCACCACCUGCUGUCACCUACGUACUACCCUUUGCAAAUAUUCACAAGGCGUUAGGGUCAACUAGAGGCUCUUAAGUACAGAAUUAAACUAGCACCAUCCCAUAAUUGAGCCGGCAUAAAUACAUUUUUAUAGUUAUCAAUGGUAGUUUAGGCCAUUCUUGAUUUUUCUUGAUAGGCAAACAUUAUGAAAGCCCUAAUCCUUACUUGGACAGAAAUGACGCAGCUACACCCAUUAGUCCUCUGGCUGUUGCAAAGGGCUACCAUGGCCUCACGAUGUAGUUGCAGGCAAGCUUCCAGGUGGAGCUGGUGGUGGAGAGCAACCUUCUAGUCUCUGGCCAGUGACUGGGGCCAGUCUGGUCUUUCCCUUUCCCUGAUGUUCUUCCGGCUAGGGUGGGGUGCAACCUGCCAUUGGUCCUUAGUCCUGUGGAUGGGGCUGGCAGGGCCAGAGUGCCUUUGCUUCCCUUCUGUUUUUUUUUUUUUUUAAUAAUUUUUAUUAAAGUUUUGAACAACAAAGAAAGAAAAGAAAAACAUACACAAUACAUAUAACAAAAACACACAAAAAAAGCAAGAUUCAACAAUAAAAGAACAAAAAACAUAACAAUUAAAAACAAUAUCUCUUUUCCAUUUCCGUUUUUUAGUUACUUAUUUUCUGGACUUCCUCAUACCUCCCUCUUUUGUAUUCCAAUCCAAAUUGUUUGUUCAGCAAUUUCUUUUCCACUUUUUUAAUCCCAAUCUUUAGCUUUAAUAAGAUAUUGAAAUAUAUAACUUCAACUUCUUUAAACCUGAUCUUUGGUCUUAGUAUCAUAUAACGUUAAAAUUUUUCCUCUUAAUGUCAAAUUUCCAUUUCUUUAAACAUCUUUAAUCCUAAUCUUUAAUCUUAGUCUAUCAUUAACUUUAACCUGUACAGCUGGAAACCGCUUAUUUUCAGUCCAACAUCACUCUAACAUUCUUUAAUUUUGCAAUGUUUCUGAAGAUAGUCUUUAAAUUUCUUCCAAUCUUCCUCCAUCGACUCUUCUCCCUGGUCACGGAUUCUACCAGUCAUUUCCGCCAAUUCCAUAUAGUCCAUAAGUUUCAUCUGCCAUUCCUCCAGCGUGGGAAGUUCUUGUGUCUUCCAAUACUUUGCGAUGAGUAUUCUUGCUGCUGUUGUUGCAUACAGAAAGAAAGUUCUAUCCUUUUUAACACCAUUUGGCCGACUAUGCCCAGGAGAAAGGCCUCUGGUUUCUUAGGGAAGGUAUACUUAAAUACCUUUUUAAUUCAUUAUAUAUCAUUUCCCAGAAAGCCUUAAUCUUUGGGCACGUCCACCAAAGAUGAAAAAAUGUACCUUCAGUUUCUUUACAUUUCCAACAUUUGUUAUCGGGCAAGUGAUAGAUUUUUGCAAGCUUGACUGGGGUUAUGUACCACCUGUAUAUCAUUUUCAUAAUAUUCUCUCUUAAGGCAUUACAUGCCGUAAAUUUCAUACCUGUGGUCCAUAACUGUUCCCAGUCAGCAAACAUAAUAUUAUGACCAACGUCCUGUGCCCAUUUAAUCAUAGCCGAUUUUACCGUUUCAUCCUGAGUAUUCCAUUUCAGCAGCAAGUUGUACAUUCUUGACAAAUUCUUAGUUUUGGGUUCUAACAAUUCUGUUUCUAAUUUGGCUCUUUCCACCUGGAAGCCAAUUUUCCUGUCCAAUUGCCUUUGCUUCCCUUCUGGAGGUACAGGACAGCUCUAUAUACCAUGCUGACAUCGCCUGAACUUUGUACCACCUCAGCAGAAAAAGUACAGAAAGCUAUGUUUUCUCCCUGGUCUACCUUCAGGCACCAUGUCUUAAAUCUGAGAGGCAGGAGGGAGACAACUUUUCCAGGGCCUGUCUUACUUAGGAGCUACUCUUUCUUCAGAUAACACAUCUUCCCUAUGUGACUGCACAGAGUUGACAAAAGCAAGUUUGCAUUUAUCCAUAGCUGCUUAUGUACAUAAUGGGCGACCUUCUCUUGCAGUAGUAUCUGGUAUGACUUAUCACGGAGAUCUUGCAGUAGUUUCAACAGUGCAUACAUGCAGUAUCGAAAGAUACCUUAAAAGGGAAGGAUAAUGCCCUGAACAAGCCUAGCCUCUUGCUGUGUCACUAAAAUAUAUGGCUUUGCAUUCUAUUUAUUACUUGGAUUUCUAGCUUGCGCCAACCCAUUCCUUCAGACAGGGUAGAAAUACCCACCGAAGCACAAAUAACACAGUGCAAGGAUUACUAUUACUCUACAUCUGUUUUAUUUGAACAAUUAAAAUCAGCCCAAGUAAAAAUCCCUUACAAUUUAUCUAGAAACUAUUCAGGGUUUGACAUGUCUUCAGUUCCACGACAUGCCUCUUUUUGCUACCUUGGCCUGCAGAUAGUGUAGUCAAAAUGGUGAUCCAGGUUGAUCUUAAGGAUCGUAAUGCAGCAGAGUGGAGAAGGUGACCUCAGGAGUUCUGCGUGGUCCUUUAGGCCUUCACAGGUCAAAACCAUGAUUUUCAGUUACAUUCAGAAGCUGAUCGGAUGCUGGCGCUGCAGGAUCUCUUCUGCCGUUUUAUAAUUUUCAGUUUAUUGAUGAUUUCAUUGUUUUUAAUUUGUUGAUUUGUGCUUGAGGAGCAUGGUUAAAUCAAAUAAAAUUGCCACUGCAGUGGGAUUGAGGGUGUGCAGGUCUCUACCCACAACCCAGCAAAGCGUCCUUUGUAGCGAUCUCUUUUGGAUGGAAACAGCUGUCUUGAGGACAGUGAGGACUCUGGAUCCCUUCCUGCUGUAGUGGUGAAAUAAGGCCUUUGAGAAAAUGCAUGACUGCACAGAUACAGCUUCAUGAUCACUGCCAAGUUAUUUCUUGUGUCCUCUCUUUGACUUCCAUUAUUGUGUGUGGCCAAAACUAAUUGACUCUGUGGGAUGAGCAGAUGCUGAAAAUAUGAGCAAUUUUGUCAGGGUCAUGAAAGAGGCAGCAGCAGAAGUGCAGCUUUUUUUGUGUAAGUACAUUACAUUUGCAGUAAAUGGAAGAACACCCAUUUGAAUUUUUUUGAAUACUUCCAAACCUGUUUUAGAAUUCACAUUUUUAGAUAAAAAUGCUUAGCACUUUGUCCAACAAAUCAGGCUUGUUACUCCAUCUUUCCUACCAAUUUUUUAAAAAGAAGACGCUUUGAAAAGAAUUAACUAGUCUUGUGGGGGUGCCUGUGAUACACAAGAAAAAGUUGUUAAGUAUAGUGGUGUUGCUGAAAAAUCCAUCGAGAUAUAUUCCAGAGUGGCAGAACAGAAAAUCCGUAUCCCAUCUGGCUAUAAUGCCAAAAUAAGUAGGAAGAUCUGGCUGGCACUAGAGGAAAAAAAGAACUCAUUCUAUUGUGAUGUUGGGAAGGAGGUUUCAUGCAAGGACAUGUCUCCAUUCCAGCCCCGUCUUCUGUUGCUGUCAGGAAUGACUGGCGAAAACAGAAGUGGGAGCGGAAAUUUCCCAGGUAUGCUUGUUCGUCUCACACCCAGAACUGAAAUCAAUCUAGUGAAUACUAUCUGUAUUUACUGUUGCUGCUGUUUUCAUUCCACAAAUGAUAUGUGAUGGAUUGCCGUCCCCAUGCCCCGCAUUGCGUUUCUUUGCAUUGAAAUAAAUGGCGUGGAACAUGGGUAGGCAAACUAAGGCCCAGGGGCUGGAUCUGGCCCAAUCACCUUCUAAAUCCGGCCCGCAGACGGUCCAGGAAUCAGCAUUUUUUUACAUGAGUAGAAUGUGUCCUUUUAUUUAAAAUGCAUCUCUGGGUUAUUUGUGGGGCCUGCCUGGUGUUUUUGCAUAAGUAGAAUGUGUGCUUUUAUUUAAAAUGCAGCUCUGGGUUAUUUGUGGGGCAUAGGAAUUUGUUCAUUUUUUUUCUUUCCAAAAUAUAGUCCGGCCCCCCACAAGGUCUGAGGGACAGUGGACCGGCCCCCUGCUGAAAAAAGUUGCUGACCCCUGGCGUGGAAUAAUGCAAUGACAACAUAACUUACAUAAUUUACACUUGCUAUAAAAUUGUUUUGAUAUGGUACAUGAUGCUUGAAAAAAUAAUAGCAUCAAUGGAAAUUUUAAAAAUUAUGAAGGGUCAGACAACUGUUGUAAGCUAUUUCUAUAAAUGGUGGUUGUGCAACAAGGCUAAGAAGCAAGAUGGGUCAAGCAAUCCUAAGCCCUGGUCCUGAGCAGCAAGACUGAGCAGAGUUAAAGGUCAACCCCAUACCUGAAGUCUUGUUGGCUUCUUCCAGCCAGGGCAAAAGUGGCAUUUUUUCAUGCACCUCUCAGGGGAAUGGACUAUAUUGGGAUCCAUGGCUGUCCCUACUCUUUGCAUUGCUGUUUUGAGGCUCCUACAUUGGAUAACCUGUAUUUAAUGUGUCUGACACAGUAUUAUUUGCCUCAGGGCUCAGUCCUGUUAUGUUGGUUUGCAGGGCCCUUUUAUGCAAGCCUUUCUCUGGCUCAGAUUUGGGUUUAGCUAUUACGGAAGUUGAAACCUUCCACCUCUUUACCUUGUGGCUCCUCCAAGACAUGCAUAAAGAAGCUGACUAAACAUAAUGGGAAGUAUAAAAAGAUGGCAUCCUUGAGAAGUAUCGGAAUUCAUAUUUUUUUGAUAUUUAUGAUAUUUUCAAGAUAGCAGCUAACUACAAUCCCAAUCUCUUAUAUGUUCUCCUCCCCUCCAGUACAAUAUCUUCAGUUUCAAGAAAAAAUGCCUCUUUUCUUUUUGCAUUUCUUUGAAGGUAAUUAAGGAAGUUUGCAGCAACUAUAUUGGAGCUACAGAUUCAGAUGGACCUUCAUCUAAUUCUCCCGUUCACAAGACUGAACUGGAAAAGGUAAUUGUACAAUAAGACUACUGGAAAAUGCAGUGUAUGAGUGUUGCACCAUGAAAUAUGGGUAGUUAACCUUUUCUGAGAAUAAUGGUUUGGUUGAGAGUCUCUUCAUAUAUGUCACUAUCUUAAAUGAGGAUUUCUACAUUUUUAAGUAAUACAUUUUUGCUAGUUGUGUGCUAAUCAUUUCAGGCACACAAACUUGCAAAACAAGCACCCUUCCCCAUGUCUGUUUUGAAAAAAUUGGAAGAUCGCUGUCCUUUUAGUUUUCUUGUUAAUUACCUUUCAUUUUUGGUUUCCUGAUCUGCCUGAUCUUUAAAGUCAAACAUGGUAGACAAAUGAUACCCUCCAGUUUCAGGGCAUGAAGCCCAGGGAACCAUUGGAGACAUACCAUACUUUUCCGUGGAUAAGAUGAGGUUUUCCCCCUUAAAAACCAUGCUAAAAAGUGGGCAUCGUCUUAUACAUGGAUAGUGCAUAGGGUGGGCGUUUGAUUGGUUGCUGUCAGCGGCUAUUGUGCGUGUUAUGGAUUGCUGCGUCAAUGGGUGGUGUUGAUUGUCCAACGCUGCAGCAAUUGGGCAGGCAAUUGGCAGCUUCUGCUGGCGAAGGGACAGACAGGAGGCGGAUUUUGAGAGGCGUGUGCAGGUGAGCAGUUUUUGGCAUUCCCCCCCUUAAAAAGCUCAACAACCCUCGGUAAUUCCCCCCCCCCCAAAAAAAAGCUCAACAGCUCUGGGCAGUGCUCCGCAAAAAAAGCUUUGCCAUAUCCCCCCAUUUUCUGAAAUUUCAGUCCCCCAAAAUAGGGCGCAUCUUAUACAUGGGGGUGUCUUAUAGAUGAAAAAGCACGGUAAUUUUCCUCUGGGCUGCUUUGCUUAGUCCUCUGGGUGUUCUGCCCUGAUGUGCUGUGCUGCCCAGGGCAUUAGGGUGAUGGAGGAGAGAAAGGAAAACUUAGUUUCCAUUCACUGCACACCCCUGCUGCCACUGUUCCUGCUGCUGCUGCUGCUGCUCCUCCCUGCAAGUUAACAGAACAGAUGAGGAGGAGAUGUGUACUUUGGGUGCUGGGGCAUCAGCCUGUGUGGAGGAAAACGAAUUACAAAAAAGUAAUUUUCUGUUACUGCAAAAAGGAAAUAGGAAAAAUGCUUUCCCUCAAAACAACUGCAACACACUCACACAGGAAGUGCAGAUCUUCUUCUGCAACUGCUGUGAAUGUUGUUUUUGGCACAGUGUUUGCCAAAGAGAGCUCUGACUGUUUGUGAGCACAGAAGUUAUAAGGACAGGCAGGAUUCCAGCACCAUUAUUCAGAUAUUUUCAGGAACAUCAGCACAAUGAAGGAAUGCUUAAAUUUUGGAGCAUAGUGAGAUCAAGGACUAAAUAUAUGCAUAAAGAAAAUGAAUAUAGAAAUCCCUGGGAAGUGGAAUGAAGAGAAAGAGGGUAAAAGGUGUACUGUGAAAAGAUUUAACAGCUCUUUUCAGAUGUACAUGUGGAUAGGCUAAUUUUCUUCCUGUUAUCUUUUCGUAGCACCACAAAUAUAAAAAGCAUUGUGCAGUAAGGCUGCUAUCAGUUGGGACCUCUGCAUGACUGGGAGUUCUGAGUUGAUGGAAGUCUACCCAGAAGCAGUAGCAGCAGCAGCAGCUGUUCAUGGCUAGGCUCCUCUCCUGCAGGCAUCUUCUCUGACACAUGCCUGUCCAGGGUCAGGCCAGUCACAAGUAAAAGGGUCAUAGUUGUGGCUGGGUGGGAAUUUAGAGGUGAAGCCAAACGUUGCUAAAAAAGUGGUUUUAAGGAGGCAUUUAAUCGCAAUGCAAGUGAUCUGGUGUCAGAUAAAGGCUAGAAUGAACUCCCUCUUCUGUUAGGAGAACACUGACAAACUGGAACGUGUCCAGAGGAGGGCAACCAAAAUGGUCAAAGGCCUGGAAACGAUGCCUUAUGAGGAACGGCUGAGGGAGCUGGGCAUGUUUAGCCUGGAGAAGAGGAGGUUAAGGGGUGAUAUGAUAGCCAUGUUCAAAUAUAUAAAAGGAUGUCACAUAGAGGAGGGAGAAAGGUUGUUUUCUGCUGCCCCAGAGAAGCGGACACGGAGCAAUGGAUCCAAACUACAAGAAAGAAGAUUCCACCUAAACAUUAGGAAGAACUUCCUGACAGUAAGAGCUGUUGGACAGUGGAAUUUGCUGCCAAGGAGUGUGGUGGAGUCUCCUUCUUUGGAGGUCUUUAAGCAGAGGCUUGACAACCAUAUGUCAGGAGUGCUCUGAUGGUGUUUCCUGCUUGGCAGGGGGUUGGACUCGAUGGCCCUUGUGGUCUCUUCCAACUCUAUGAUUCUAUGAGAAUAGCAAGAACACUGAGGAGAAUGAUCCAAGGGCGGUCAAGUAAAGGCCAUGGGCAGAAAUGUAAUGGGAAAUAAGGGCAGAGGUAUAGUCUCUAUUAGGAAAUUCAAUACUUUACAUUUUGUUACUGAGCUCCACAUGACUCCCCCGGGUCAUUUAUAAAUAACUACAGAAGGAAAGUAAAUCUGGACUGUGGUUUAUAUAGAGAGAAUCAAAGCACUUUGAUCAUUUUUUACAAAAGUAUUGUACAGAUAAUUCCACAGUGGAGGAAUAAUGUAAUAUUGAGUGGGUUUGACAAAUAUUAUGUAUUUAAUGCUUCUGUGAAAAGGUUAAUUUUUGAAAAUAAAUUAUUGACUGUCUCAAAUUUGUCCCAUGGCCAGAUAAAUAGUUGGCAUAUUCUGAUUCAUAAUACAUCAGUUCCAGUGUGACCCCAUUACUAAUGACCUAGUUCUUUUCUCCUGCAGAAACUAUCUUCAGAAAGACCAAGUUCUGAUGGUGAGGGGAUUGUAGAAAAUGGAAUAGCUGUCAUCUGUAAUGGAAAAGAGCAAGGUAAUAUGCUACUGACAGUGUUUGAGUCACACCAUAAAAUGUUCACAGUAUUUUAAGUGCUGGAAAGGUGAAAAGAAAAAUGGAAUUUUCAUAUACAUUCACUCUGAGGAAAGGUUCAUUCUGCCAGCUUGAUUCAUAACGAUGUCCAGUUGUAUCGCAACGUAGCUGAAAACCUGUUCCUUAAGCUGAGGAACCACCACACAAAAUUUGGUUACAAUAUCUUAAGAGGUCUCCAAAUGCAUAGACAACAACUUUCCAAAGUAUAUAGUAGAUGCCGGGCUGCUGUUAAAGAUGCAGGUGUGAAAUUUUGAAAUCUUGCAAGACUGACACAUGCAUGCUUUUCUUAAUAGUAAAGAGGAAAAAGAGCUCUAAGACAGAUUCCAAGGGCACUGUGUCUAAAGUAACAGGGAAGAAGAUAACAAAGAUAAUUGGCCUAGGAAAGAAGAAGCCCUCCACAGAUGAACAAACCUCAUCAGCUGAAGAAGAUAUCCCAACUUGUGGUGAGUAAUUUCCCAUGUUGUUACCUGCAAUUAAACUUGAAAGGGCAACAGGUAGAAAAAGCUCCACCAAACUUCAGUAUUUAGUGGUGUUUCAAUCUCCUAGGUUUGCUGUUACAUUCCUCUUUCACCCACUGAAUUUGGGCUCUGAUGAUUUAAUAGUAGCUUUAAAGAUUAUGGCAUCUCCACUCUUAUCUGUGUCCCAACUUCAAAUGUGGUUGAGAAGACUUAAGCAGUGCUUAGGUUCACUUUCCACAAGACCUGGCUUUCUUUGUAUGGACCACAGAUCAUAAUUUAAAACAAAUUCUGGUCUGUUUUUAAACAAUCCAGCUUCAAAGUAUGGGUUAUGAAGCUUAAACACUCUUCAUUUUAACCAGAAUCUUUGAUUUGCAGGUAUUGACAAGCCAGGUUUUGUGGAAAGUGCAACUAAACUCUGCUGAAUUCCUCCUGGUUGCUGUAUAGCAGUUGUUGAGAGAGAGAGAGAGAGAGAGCCAUGUGCUUGUGGCUGUGUCUUCCUGCGCAAGUACAUAGUGCUAAAACAUGGUUUACUAUUACAUGCAGCCCCUUUUUAUUGCUCUCUAGUACUUUUUCCAUCUCUACAGUGUUGAGAAGUGUGGUGCAGUGGUUAAAGUGUCAUCGUAGGACCUGGGAGACCAGGGUGCAAAUCUCUACUUGGCCAUGAAGCUCACUGGGCGCCCUUGGGCCAGCCACUUCCUCUCAGCCUAGCCUACCUCACAGGGUGGUUGUGGGGAUUAAAUGAGGAGGGGAAGAACCACACACACCACCUUAGAGAAAAAGGUGGGAUAUAAACACAACAAUCAAAUAAACACACCAGAAGUGGGUCCUCAUCCACUUUCAGAAAAAUGCCCCAAGGUAAAGAGUUUUCUUUAAAGUUUCCAUGGCAUUCUACAGAGGCAGCCGACCUUGAUGCAGUAGCAAUCAUCAGAGAUGCUUAGCUGUGUACCUGGUUCUCCCUUAGGUCUUUGAAAAAAAGACAAUGUGCUAAUGCAGACUUGUGUUGAUUUUGAUUAAGCAACUCGUGGUGGGGGCAGUCCUGCUACCCCACCCUCAGUGUCCCUGAAUGUGCUGGCCUGCCUACUCCAGCCCCCAGCUUCCAGCCCUGAGGGGGUCUGAAGGAGGCUUCUAAGUGCAGUUGAAUCAAUGCACUUGGAAGCCUCCUUCCUGUUCUCAGUUUUCUCUUGUGGGGAAGAUUCUAAGCACACCUGGAAACCGCCUUCAGACAUUUCCAUUGAGAGCUCUACUUUAAAAGAAAGAUGGAAGCUGCUGCUUCUGCUUCUUGGGGGAGAGAGCACAUGUCUUGUGUGUGCGUUGGACAGUCGUGCAGCUGCAUGGUAAAUACUUGCGCUGUCUCCACCACCCCAGCUGGAGAGUGCCCAAAGAGAGACGUCUUUUCUGUGGCUCAGUAAAGCUUUAGUUAAAAGCACCCCCUGUUUCAGCUGUAGUAUUUAUUUUUCAGUUUCACAUCCUUAAUUUUGAUGAGCACCAGAGUUGACUUGAUUUUUUUAAAAAAUGAUUUUGUCCCGUCCCCCCCGAUAAACACAAUUGUGAUACAGCUGAGAUGAACAACAACCCUAAUAAGCAUUGGUGUGUCAAAUCAUUUACAUAUUCAUAUGACUCUGUCCUGAGGUUUAUACACCUUCCACAGGCUGACCAGUAAUACAGCCUUGUGGGUAUAUAUCAUUUCAAAGGAGCCCAUGGUGUUGUGGUGACACAACCACAGGCACUCCUUUGCCACUGCAGAGAGAGAAGGGCAUUUGUACGACCACAAGUUUGCCAUUGGUUUUGGGGUCUUUGUGGUGCGUCCAGUUGAAUGAACUUUUUUUUUUUAGUGGAAAGUGCCUGUCUUUGUGUUUUGCAGGAUAUCUUAAUGUGCUGUCAAAUAACCGGUGGCGUGAGCGCUGGUGCAGAGUGAAAGAUAAUAAGCUCAUUUUCCACAAAGACAGAACAGAUCUAAAGACCCAUAUUGUCUCUAUUCCUCUCCGUGGCUGUGAAGUUAUUCCAGGACUGGACUCCAAGCACCCCUUGACGUUCCGCCUGCUUCGAAAUGCACAAGAGGUUGCCGUAUUAGAGGUUAAGUUGUUUAGUGUGCUUAUCUUUUGCCAAUAGUGACAUAAGCAAAAUCCCAUUCUCUGACCAAACAAUGUAUGCCAUACCUAGGAAAGUCUCCAAUUAUAUGUUGGAAGCAGGAUUUCCUUUGUUCCCACUCUUGUCCCACACUUUUCACGGUUGGAUCAAUUUACAGCUUUUGAAACUUCUUUAUUAUAGUGCUUCCAUUAUUUAAAGUGUCUAAUAAUUGCUUCUAUUUUGGGGGAAAUUGAUCUCUCUUCCAAAUCUUAUCUGUAGGGCACAUCAGUCUCAAGAUUACCCUAAUUUGCAAGGCAGUGUACUAUACUAUUGAACUAUAAUAUCAGGCCAGAAAGUGGCUUAGAUGGAUUCUCUCUUCAGUUCUUAGUUUCCACUUCUCACUAAGUCCCUGAGGAGAAGAUAAUCGGAAAACAAAAUAAUAUUUACAUUUGAAUGUAGUGCUUCUCUCAUUAACCUCUCUGUAUGAUUGUAUAAUGGCAAUACUGCCAUUAUUGCCUAUGCUAUACUAUAACAUAGAAUCAUAGACUUGUAGAGUUAAACCCAAGGGUCAUCUAGUCCAACCGCCUGCAAUGCAGGAAUAUGCAGGUGGCCUGUGUGGGAAUCUAACCUGCGACCUUGGCAUUAUCAACACCAUGCUCUAACCCAGUGUUUCCCAGCCUUUUUCAGACCACGGCCCCCUUACGACCUUGUUUCCUUCCUGUGCCCCUCCCCAGACAUAGCCAAGGGGGUGGGGCAGCUGUCCCCCAAAAUAAGUAAAAAUCAAUACAAAUAGGAUAUUCUCCCACCCUAACGAAAGUCUGCCCCCCCAGCAAAAAUACUGGCUACGCCCAUCCCCCCCCCAUCCUACAGGUAGAAAGGUAGCUAUUUAAAUGAUUUGUUUGUAAAUAGAACAUUUUUUAUUUUUGCAAUUUUUAUACAAAAUAUAAUUGCGUAAAAUGAUAGGAACAUAAUGAAAUAUUGUUGAAGCAGAAAAAACAUAAAAUCAUGGAGCUGGAAGAGACCCCAAGCGUUCUUUCUAGUGAAACUCCCUUGCAAUGUAGGAAUCUCAGCUAAAGCAUCCAUGACAGGUGGCCAUCCCACCUUAGCUUAGAAACCUCCAAGGAAGGAGAGUACAGAACCUCCUGAGGGAGAUCCACCUCCCAUGUGUUACAAAAAGUAAACAACACUUAUUUGACCCAAGCUAAUUGACACCGAGGUGUACAGGGAGUUCUGUAUAUGUGGGAGAAUUUUUAAAAGCAAGUGAUCCUCACUGACCUGGUGCAAAAAGAUAUUGUUAUCCGGAGGAGCCCUGGCCACCUAGAUAAAACUCACACACCCUUACUUGGGAGUAAGGUGCACUGAACUCAUCCCUGCUUUCUUCUGAGUAGACACUUUGGGGUGGAUUUAACCCCCCACCUUGCAGAGCCAGACUGACUCUGCCGAUGGGCCCUGCACCCCUUGACAACAUCCAGUGGCCCUGAUCCACUAGGCACUGGGAUGGAUUGCACCCUGUGCCUUGUGGAGUCAGGCCUAUGAUGCCACGGGUCCAGCCCUGCCGGCAGCAACAAGCAGCUCAGUCUCGCCCAGCCCUGCCCAUUGCCACCCCACCACUGCACUUACCUGACCUGGGGGUCUGGAUCGCGGACUCUACUGGGCAAAAUGGGAGCCUGAGCAAUCACCCUCUUCUGCCAGAAACAAAUCAGGACUGCUCCUGGAAAAUGCAGUUGAGAGAAAAGAGCCAAGCGGAUAAUAAUUUAAUAAUAAUUAGCCAAUCAGGAUUAGAAAAAUAAAAAUCACUUCUCACUUCCCUCUGUGGCCCCCUAGCCUCAUGUUGUGCGUGCCCCCCCCCCCAUUUACAUGAUUUUCACCUUGCCCCCCAUGGAAUAUCCUGAGCAGCCCCAGGGGGCCAUAUGGCCCGCUAACUGGCGGCUUCCCACCUCCCAUGUCACCUGGGGGGGGUGCCAUUCAUCCGAUGUGAGGGAGGUGGCAACUGGAGAGAGACCUCUCUUUUGUGGUGUCCCACUUACGAAAUGCUCUUCUCUACAGAGGUGCCUCUGUUGCCAAUUACACUUUCUUUAGGCUUUUAAUUUUGUGUAAUUGUAUUAAUUGCUGCUUUGAUCCUGCUUACUUCUUGUUUUUGUACAAUCUUCUUCUUGUUUUUAGCUUGAUUUUGGUGAGCUGUCCUGAAAAUGUUUUUCUGUUGAAGAGUGAGGCAUGAGUUCACUCGAAUGCAUUGUUUUUGAUAAAGAAAAAAAGUACACUUGAAUGAAAAACGAUGCCUUUCAAGUGACCAGAGUGCAUGUUUGCCUGAAAUUUCCCCAUCUUUGUGUAGGCUUCAUCUUCAGAAGACAUGGGCAGGUGGAUUGGCAUUUUGCUGGCUGAAAGUGGCUCCUCUGCAGAUCCUGGCACUCUGCACUAUGACUACAUAGAUGUGGAUGUGACGGCAAGUGUCAUUCAAGCCGCAAAACAGACCUUCUGGUAGGAGGAGCUAAACCAGUUAAGAACAUUUUCAGGAACUCUAGGUUCUUCAUUGUUUUGACUCUAUGCUCAAAAAGAUGUAAGGAGCAAUCCUAUAGGAAGAUCCUCCUGGAUACGUGGGUUAGGGUUCGGUGGAUCUCCGGCUGGCCUUAAGGAGUUCCUCGUGGAACUGGGCUGUGUCGGCUUAACUCCCUCAUCCUCUGCUCAGCCAGAGAUGCACCUCUGUAUUUCCUCCAUCCCAGAUGGCUAAAAUAAGCUGAUGUAAACCCUUAAAAAGGGGUGUGGGGGCAGGAGCAGAGAGGAAGGCUCCUUAGCCCCCUCCCCAGUCAUGUAACCUGGCAACCAACUGGCAAAAAGAAUGGUUAAAGGCUUGUUUUCCCUCUGCUAGGAGCAGGCUGCGCAGCCAGCCAUAGUCUGGCUUAAGUUAGACCAGUGGUACCAGAUUUGUCUGUGAUAGCUUGAAGUUGUGAGUAGAAGCUGAAGGUAUCCAUUUCUAAUCCAUCAAACAACUUAAGCUACAGUCUGAAACACAUCUGCCAAAAAGUAAAUUCAAUUGAAGCCAGUGAGAUUUACUUCUGAAUGAAGUAUCAGAGCAUUGUGAAGUUAUUGUUAAACGCUCGUGUUCACUCAAAAUGCUUCACAAAAAACCUGCUGUGAAUUAGGGCAGCAGCCCAAUCAAAUAAAUUCUAAUUGAUUAAUAAUGUUGACUAACCAGUAAAUUUGCAUAAGGUUAAAAGCAGUAUUUCUGAAGCAAGAAGCAAAAGAGGAAGUUUUUUUUUCAGAUGGUGCUUGCCAACUGCAGUUUUAUAAGCACUGUUAAUAAAUGUAUGUGUAUUAUUUUUAAAAUAUUCUGCAUGAUUCUUUAACAUCAUUUAAAGUAAAUUAAAAGUGUUGAAAUAGAUUAAUCUAAUCAAUUAAUUACAUGUUGAAGACCUGCUGUCAACUCAAACCCCCUUUAAAUAUCAAAUGAAGUACUUCUUCCCUGUUGGCUAACAUACCUAUAAUGAUAGAUGAUAGCAGCCCCCAUGGCAGUUUUCAAGUGUUAUCAGUAUUACCAUGUGGAGGACCAACCUGCAAAAAUAGAGAAAGCUUUGGAAAUCUUGAACCACUGCCAAAUACUUGAAAGAGAAAAUACAUGGUUUGGGGAGGAAGGACCCACCCUGCCUUUCUCUUAGGACCAAGUUUUUAUUAGUAAUUCAUAAUUGGCAUUUUUCUAAUGAUGUCUCAAGUUACUAAUUUAAUCAAAGCAACUUGUAUAUGCAGUAUAUCCAUUCGGCCCCAGACUUGCCCAAAACAGCAUUGGGAUGCAGCAAUCAUCAUCUGGCUACAGACAGGCCCUAGGGAAAGAGCCACCUUUGUAUGAUCAAGAGCUUGUUUAUAAUGAUUCUUUCUAGUGAGGUGAAGUCCAUCUCUUCCCAUUAUUUGUUGUUUUGGAGCUACAAGUUGUGAUGAAAAAAGCUGAAGCCAUUUGCUGACACCACUUGCAACAACAUGCUUUCAUUUCCAGAAAAUACGUUCUCCUUCCUGAGAAACAUCCUACCACUAGGAAGAUUUAAGAGUAUCAUUUCAUUUCUUAAAACUUCAGCCUUGUUCCUAAAAUCUUGUAGUCAUCUUUGGCCCUUUCCUUCAGAAUCCUUCUUUCCAUUGCUAUAUACAUAGCUGUAUUUCCUUAAAAUCAAUUAAUGUGUACAGGAACUGCUCUCCCACCGCCACCCACACAAUGCAUUGCUAAAUGAUAGAUUCCUGGCUUACACCUCAGCCUGUGAUACCAUACUGGGUGUGUUUGUAAUGAAAAACCCUUUGGAAGGCAGGGAGAAAUGCAAGGAAGAAUUUGAAGGGUGAAUCAUGCUUACUCCCUGUGUGUGCUUUCAGCAUAAACUCUGUUCUGUUUUUGCUUUUGUUUUAGUUUUAUGAACAGACGGGUUCUGUCUACUAAUCCUUAUCGAGGAAAUGCUGCCAAUGGCUAUGCGUGUCCCAGCGGGAUGGCCCUUCAUUAUGACGAUGUUCCUUGCAUAAAUGGAUCAGUAAGAAUUGAUUUUUGUGUAGGUCAAAUCAUUUACGUGUGUUGAGCCCCCAAAGUCACUUGUCAGAGUUUCACUGGGCAUGAUCCCAACAUACUGCUAUGUCUCAAGUACAGAUUCUUUGAAAGUAGGGCAUAUACUUUUAAUACUACAUGCCCAUGUAAAUCAGCAUAAAUAUAUACAGUUCAAUAGUCCUCUAUUAGCCAAAGCAUUAAUGCAACUCCCAGAGAAAAGUUUAAAGUUAAGAUUUGAUCAGAUCUGAACUUCACAAACUAAGAAUGAAAUGAGAAUGAUGCUUCUGAUGCCUAUCUCCUUCAUCGCCUUUCUCUUCUCCUGGCUGCAAAGGAGACUUCUUGACUUGCUAAACCAUUUCCCCAUUAUAUCCAAACUAGGAAACUGUGGUUUAAGCUCUGUGUUCAAACCAGGAUGAGAGUCUGGUUUCUAGGAAGCUCUUAAACUGCUUUGGACAUCAUGGAAACUGGUUUGAGGUCGUCUCUACCAAAACAAACUGGUUUCUUAAGCAUCUUCUCUACACUACAUAUGAACCAGGCCACAUCCUAGUAUGGUAUAGCCAGAUGCUUGCUAUCUCAUUUUCCUUGCGGUUUUGACCCACCAGCCAACUUCUGUAUCUUUAUUAUGUCAUUGGCACUUGUGUUGUAGAUAGCAUAAAUGCUGCAUCUGGAAUCACAGGGCUGGAUUGAACUAAAUAGUUGUGGUGGCAGGAGCAAGCGCAAUGAGUCCCAUUAGCACAGCAGAACGUUUUCUCUCCCUGCCCCACCCCCGCCAAAUUGGCUCUGGGGGGUCAGGAGAAUCCCCCAGAACAGUUCACGGGGGAGAAGAGGGGAGAUCAUUCCACCUGGCAAGCAAAAAUACUUGUGCUGACUGAACAAUCCUAACAGCAUGAUUCUGAAUUCCUCCCAUAUUAUGGCCGUGUGGGGAAUAGACCCAAGAUGGCAACCCCAUGAUAUCCCUUUCAGUAGAGCCUUGAUGAACCUUACUACAGCCUCCAAAAGUAACUCAAGAACUGAGAGAAUUAUGGUAAUUAAAAUUAAAGCAGUGCAUUAAGGCAAUGCAUGCUGAGAAGGUGAUCCAAGAGAUAACUUUCUAAUGGUUUCAUGUUUUCCCCGCCAAUGCAUGAAGUUUGUGUUAAUUUACUAAGUAUGUGUGUUUCAGUGGGAACUGGAAGAUGGCUUUCCUGCUUCUCGUGGCAGAAACAUGAGAGAAGAUGGGCUUUAUGAUAAUAUGGGCCUGUACGAUAACUUGCCGUCUCCGAAAAUCUUUGCACGCUACCCACCAGCAGACCGAAAAACCAAUAGGUUAUCUACUGACAAACUGUCCUCUAACCACUAUAAAUAUCCUGUCUCAUCCAAUCUGUCUUCUGCUCAGUCUGUCACUAAUACCUCUGCUGUGGGGAGGGGAUCUGUGUCACAGGUACUGUGCUGCUUAAUUCUCUUAAUCCAACUUUCUUUUGUGUAUCUCUGAGAUAAUGCACUGGCACCAAACGCUUGAAAUUUAACCAAGGCAGCAUGCUGCAUUGCUAAUUGUGUUGUUAAUAGUCACAUAAAAAUGCGUAAUACUUUUUGGAGGGUGGAAGAAUCACUGAAAUAAAACACAAGCCCAUCAACCCAUGCUAUGCUCCUGGGGAAUUCUCUUCAUUGGGUUAGUCUAGGUCAGAGCUACCAACCACUGACCCUCCAGAUGUCAUUGUUCUACAAGUCCCACUAACCACGCUGGCAUGGGGUGAUGGGAAUUUGGAAUCUAACAAGAUCUGAAGGGCCAUAGGUUGUUCACGCUUGGGCUAGAUUUUAAAAGUAGAGCAUGCACAUGCACACACACAUUCACACACAGGUGUUGGCAGUACUGUACUGACAGUUAAGAGUGCAGAAACCACAUGUAAUUCAUACUGUCUGAGCCUUUCCACUCUGUUGUAUAGGAGGCAUCCUUCAGUUCCACAAGAAAACAUCCACUAAUCUUGAAUACAAAAGUUACAUUUUGAAUCUGUAUGUGUGCUCAAUUCUAUGCCCUAUUCUCUUUUCAAAUUCUUUCUGGGGUGUUAUUCUUUCAGAAGCUCAAAACAGUCUGUGAACCCCAUGCAUGGUGGGCAUUUUCAGAUUAAAAAAUGAGCUGGUGAAAACCUUCACAAGCAGUUGGGCAGGAUGUUGUUGUUGGCAAGGUAGUAACAACCUAGUGGCAAGGUCACCACUUUAUCUUGGAAUAUAUUUGAACUGUGGAGCAUCUUUAUUUUUUUUUAAAUGCUUUGGUAGCUUAUCAACUAAGCUGCUCAUCUGAAUCCACCCCAAGGUGUUUCCUGAGCUAUUUCAAUUGCCUUUGUUUUUGACCCCUGGGUAUAGGGCGGUAUAUAAAUUCAAUUAUUAUUAUUAUUAUUAUUAAUAAUAAUAAUAAUAAUAAUGCUCAUUGCAAACAGCUGAAAGCCUGUAAAUUUUGAUAGUAAACCUGAUUUGCAAUAGGGGUUGAAUAAUUUUGAUUGCAACUGUACAUGUUCCCCAAGUUUGAAAUUGUUGUAUGUAAAACAGCUUUGAGGUAGAAAAGUCAAAAUCUGGCAGUAUAGUUACCGUAUUUUUCGCCCUAUAGGACGCACUUUUCCCCCUACAAAAAUGAAGGGGAAAUGUGUGUGCAUCCUAUGGGGCGAAUGCAGGCUUUCGCUGAAGCCUGGAGAGCGAGAGGGGUCUGUGUGCACCGACCCCUCUUGCUCUCCAGGCUUCAGGAGAGCCCCACCGCCAGCCCCGCAAGCUGGGGGGACAGCGGGGAGGCGCAACGCGCCCAGGCUUAGCUUCAGCCGUGGGAGCUGCGGAGAGCUGCAUGUUCUGGGGGCUGGGGUCGGGGGAAGCUCGGGCUUCUCCCGUCCCAGCCCCGCACCUGGGGGGGGGGAAAUAAUUUUUUCCCCUUUAUUUCCCCCCCAAAAAAUUAGGUGCGUCCUAUAGGGCGAAAAAUACGGCACUUUUGAAGUCAGUGUUGAAAUUCUGCUUUUUGUAUGCAAAUUUGAAAUUGACUUCCUUUUUUUGGGGGGGGGGGGAGUUUCACACUGACCUGAUUCAUGCUUCACUUCAAACCAUAGCAAAAGGGGGCAAGCAAUUUUGCUCAAGCGUACCCCCCCCCCAAACUUCCCUCCCCUGACUUCUUUCUCCAAUGUCCUGGGGAGUAAACCAGCACUCAUUGUUUGUUUCUCUUCCAACAGACCAUGAUGGUAAGCCAAAGUUUGUUUCUGGCUUACCUUGGUAAUUUGUUAGGCGAGAAGUGAACCACAAAUGCUGCUUUAUACAAAACAGUAAGCCAGCACUUGUGGUUUGCUUCCUUCCCAGGUUCCUGAAGAGAGGGACAAAGUGUGGUCUUUUGAGCAGCAUGCACUGCGAUUAAUUAGCAACAUAGAUCCUUGCAAAACCAUGUGGCACAUUCUGAAUGGUUCCUCAAAAUUUUGAAUAGUCACCUGUAGCCUGUGACUUAAGAAAUGUACAGUCUCACGGUUGUGUUCUGCUCAGUAAGAAACUGCAGUUGCUUUUUGUUUUAUCUUUGCGGCUUUAGAAGAAGCAUCCUUCCCAGCUGACCUAGUUUUUUAAACUUGUAACCUGCUUUCAAUUGGGCAGCUUGGGACAGUUUUGAAGCUUUGUUCUAGGAAAAGUGUAAACCCUGUCAUUGAAUAAUUACUGCUAAAUAUAUAUUUAAUUACUAAACACAUAUUUUUUCUAUCAGUUUAAAGGAAAGAAGGCUUCUGCUGCUACAAAUGGAAUAAUGGGGAAAGGAAGAACAUUAAACAACCCACAAAAGAAAUCAGAAUCUGCUUCAAAUGUAAAACGCAGCAAUUCUAGUGAGUGUUUCCUAUUUAAGGAAAGAAAAAUCCACUUUUUCAGUCAGUUAAAAUAUUUUUAAUGAGUUAACUGAUUAAUCAGCUACAUAGAAUUGUAGAAUCUUAAGAGUUGGAAGGGACCCCAAGGGUCAUCUAGUCCCACCCUCUGCAAUGCAGGAAUCUCAGCUAAAGCAUCCAUGACAGAUGGCCACCCAACCUCUGCUUCAAAACAAACCUCCAAGGAAGGAGAGUCCACCACCUCUCGCGAGAGUCUGUUCCACUGCUGAACAGCUCUUACCAUCAGGAAGUUAUUCCUGAUGUUUAGUUGGAAUCUCCUUUCUUGCAACUUGAAGCCAUUGUUUCGUGUCCUCCCCUCCAGAGCAGACGAAAACAAGCAUGCUCCCUCCUCCAUGUGACAGCCCUUAAGAUAUUUGAAGAUGGCUAUCAUGUCUCCUCUCAGUCUCCUCUUUUCCAGGCUAAACAUACCCAGGUCCUUCAAGUGCUCCUUCAUAAGACUUACUUUCCAGACCUUGGAUCAUCUUGGUUGCCAUCCUCUGCACACGUUCCAGCUUGUCCUGCUUAAAUUAUGGUGCUCAGAAUUGGACACAGUAUUCCAGGUGUGGUCUGACCAAGGCAGAAUAGAGGGGUUCUGUUACUUCCCUUGAUCUGGACACUAGACUUCUCUUGAUGCAGCCUAGAACAGCAUUCACUUUUUUUGCUGCUGCAUCACACUGUUGGCUCAUGUUAAGCUUGUGGUCUACCAAGACCCCUAGAUCCUUUUCACAUGUACUGCUAGUAAACCAGAUGUCCCCCAGCCUAUAUUUAUGCAUCUGCCUAAGUGCAGAACCUUACAUUUGUCCCUAUUGAAAUUAAUUUUGUUAGCUUGUGCCCAGUUCUCCAAUCUGAUAGGGUCAUGUUGAAUUCUGAUUCUGUCUUCUGCAGUAUUAACUAUCCCUCCCAGUUUAGUGUCAUCUGCAAAUCUGAUGAGCAUCCCCUCAAUUCUUUCAUCCAAGUCGUUUAUGAAGACGUUGAAGAACAAUGGGCCCAGGACAGAACCCUGUGCCACCCCACUUGUCACUUUUUUCCAGGAUGAUGAGGAACCAUUAAUGAGUACUCUUUGGGUUUGGUCUGUUGACCAGCUACAAAUCCAUCUAACCGCUGCCUUGUUCAACCCACAUUUUACCAGUUUCAUCGUGAAAAUAUCAUGGGGGACUUUGUCACAAGCCUUACUGAAAUCAUGAUACGCUAUGUCCACAGCAUUUCCCUAAUCCACCAAGUUUGUAAGUUGAUAAAAAAAAGAAAUCAGAUUGGUCUGGCAUGACUUAUUUUGAGAAUCCCGUGCUGGGUCUUAGUAAUCACAGCUUUCUUUUCUAAAUGCUCAUAGACCGACUCUUGAAUGUUCUGUUCUAGGACCUUCCCUGAUAUCAAUGUUAAGCUCACCGGUCGGUAGUUAUCUGGGUCUUCCUUUUUCCCCUUUUUGAAGAUGGGGACAACAUUACCCUGCCUCCAUCUGUUCUCCAAGAAUUCUCCAAGAAUUCUCAAAUAUAAUAGACAAAGGCUCUGCAAUUACAUCCGCAAGCUCCUUUAGUACUCUUGGAUGUCGCUCAUCAGGCCCUGGAGAUCUGAAUUCAUUUAAAGUAGCUAGGUGUUCCCUUCUCUUUUCCUAUCUUGGGCUGCAGCUCCUUCCUUACAUCAUUUAUUCUGUUAUCACAAUGUUGAGCAUCGCUUUCCUUCUGGUGAAGACAGAGGCAAAGUAGGUGUUGAGUAGGACACAUAGGACCUACCACUUGCUUGUUUUUCCUCUUACUUCGGACAUAGCCAAAGAAACCUUUUUUAUCUUUUUUACCCUCUCUUGGGAGCCCGAGCUCAUUCUGAGCUUUAGCCAGCCUGACUUUCCCGCUGCAACUGUUGGCUACACCUCCUUUGUGAUUUCCUUUCUUCCAUUUCUUAUACAUGCCCUUCUUAACUCUCAGGUCAUCUGAAAGUUACAGUCCUACCAGUUAGCAUUUGGUAAUGAAUUUGGUGAUUUCCAAUUACUAGUUAAUCACUGAACAACUAGGGAACUUAAUUAAACUCUCAUCUUCUUUUCUCAGUCUUCCUGUUAAUUACUUAAGAAUUUUGGAUGGCAUGUUUGCCACAGCCUUCCUGACUGCUCUUUCUUUGGUCCAGGUAUUUAAACCCACAUGGGUUUGAUUCCUGGUGUGUUUUACAAACCACACAAGUGACAGACAUCCCAAGGCUGCAGGUGUCAUGUGUGGCUCAUAAACCUGCCGGGAAGCUAAAACAAAUGUGCUGAAAGGUUUACACCCCUGGACCACAGUUGGCGUGGGUACAGCAACCACACUGGGAAAGAGAUGUGACAAGCAGAGAUCUUGGAAUAUGGUUCAGAGAUUUGGUGGUUACAUUUGAGAAAGGAUUUGUAUGCCUCGGAAAACAGCCACAUCUGCUGGAUGGCUGUUAGAAUGUCCGUGUUGGGACUUAGCUUUUUGAUUAAUAAGAACCUGGGGAGUUGCCUUAUUCUGAGUCAAGACCCUUCAUCCAUUUAGCUCAGUGUUGUCUACGUGGCAGUGGCUCUCGAGGGCAGUGUUUCCCGAACUUGGGCCUUCAGCUGUUGUUGGACUGCAACUCUUGCCAUCCCUACCCAGCAGUAGCGGUUGUCAGGAUUGAUGGGCGUUGUAGUUCAACAGCAGCUGAAGACCCCAAGUUUGAGAAAUACUGCAUAUUCCCUGCAUAACCUGGAAGUGCCAGGGAGUGACCCUUAGCCCUCCUACAUGCAAAGCAGAUACUUAACCACUGAGCCAAGGCCCUGCCCCCCAUAUAAGAAGGUAAGAUUAAUAGCAUUCCUGCUCUCUGAUGCCUAAUAGUUAACCUUUAUGUGUAGGUGCUGAACAGUACAAAUAUGGAAAGAACCGUGUUGAAGCAGAUGCAAAGAGGUUACAGACCAAAGAGGAGGAGCUGUUGAGGAGAAGAGAAACUCUGAGGAAUCGCCUGGCUCAGCUUCGAAAGGAAAGGAAAGACCUUAGAGCAGCCCUGGAAGCAAAUGCUGGUAUGCUGGGUGUUUGAUCUUCUUAGACCGUUGUAUGACCAGAAUCUCAGGAAAGAUACUUCCAGUAGCAGGAGAAGGUACAUGAGUAGUUAGUUAGUUAGUCUUUUCCCACAACAGAAUGCCCCAAAGCAAUAUGCGGAAAGAAAAUAGGAUAAAAAUGCAUAAAACACAUUAAACAUAAUCAGAAAUAUUAUCAUUGGUUCUUCCUAUUACUACUACUAAAUAAUCAUUACAGGAGUCAUGGGGGUAAUGGCACCAGGACAGAGAUGUAAACUCAACUAGAUAUUACAAAGGAGGAAGAAACCAAGAUUGUAUCUGGUCAAAUUGCAGUAAGUCUUAUGCCUCCGUCUUGAAGUUGCUUGCAGGGUUGUGGCCUCAUUGAGUAACUAGGAAUGUACAAAUCUCCCCCUGCCUCAGAUAUCACUUACCUUGCCUCUGAAUUUCAGGUAGGAAAACACUAGUUAUCCUUGAAGAUAAACUAAAGAAGUUGGAAGAGGAGUGUAAGUUGAAAGAGUCUGAACGUGUUACUCUGGAACUAGAGCUGACAGAGGUGAAAGAGAACCUGAAGAAAGCUUUGGCUGGUGGCAUCACGUUGGGACUGGCGAUUGAGCCUAAAUCAGGAACCUCAACUGCACAGGUACUUCCAUUAAAGCAGUGGUUCCCAGUUAGGGAUCCGGGGACCCCUGGGGGUCAGUGGAACACACCCAGGAUGUCCGGGGACCCAUCCCUUGCCUCCUCCAAGCGAUUUUUUUGUCAUUUUUCAUGGUAAUAUCACAAAUUUUAUGGUCUAUUCUAGCACUGUGCAAUUUUUCAAUGUAUUGGCCCAAACCAGUUUUGAAAUCACACCGCAAUAACAAUUUUGACCUGGCAAUAUGCAGCAAUAUAUCACUCCUCGUGUGAGAGAGAGCAGAGCAGCCAGUUUCAAGGUGUUGUCAAUAUUGCAUGAUGAUCUCAGCUGAUAACGCUGCUGAUCUGAGCUGCCUUCCCUCACGCUGAUGGAGAACAGGGCAGCUGAUCGCCCUCACUUGAAGGAACUGUGGCACCUUCCCCUGGCACUGAGGCAGAGCGGCUUUUCUCAGUCAGCAGAAAAGCAGCAGCAGCCACAGUGGACGUGCAUCUUCCCUGGCUGCCCCGCUGAUCGUGACUUGAUGCACCCCCCAUCCCUAUCUCCUCCCACUCAAACCAUGCAGUGGAAGUGACUCCCCUUCCUUGCCUCCCACCCCCAUCUGAUCUCCAUGGCUGCUCCUUCGCUCAUCCCCAUGCCUGAUCUCCAGUUUCAGACGUCAUUAUAUAUUGGAAUAUUGUGAUGUUUAGCUGCUGAUGUAUCACGAUGUUGAAAACCGGAUAUCACUUAGCCCUAGUUUAGUUUUUUAGCGUACCUAAAAUUGUUUGCUUAUUAGGGGCUAGCCAACAUUUUGUUCAAAAAAUGGCUUUGCGGUAUCCAAAAAUUUGAAAGUAAGGGGUCAGUGCUUGACUUUUGAAAAAUAGGGGACCCUCAGUAAUUAGCUAAUUGGGAACCACUGCAUUAAAGUACUGAUCUUGUUACCAGAUAAAGGCAAUUAGUAAACCAUCUCAGAUCAGAUCAGUCACACUCUGUAGUCCCAUCUAUACAUUUUGGAAAGUCGUUUGCUCAUGGUCCACUUGCACACCUCUUAAGCUAUUGCAUCCUCAAUUUGCACGAUGGUUCCUGAGACCAAGGAGCAGGUUUUGAUAGCUGUCAUGAUUUCAAAUGGUUUUGUAUUCUUACAGUCUCCAGUUCUAAAGCAUCAGACUCUGGAGAAUUCACCUAUCUCCAGCUGUGAUACAAGUGAUACUGAAUGUUCUGUGCCUGUGAACAGUGCUGUAGUCCUGAAAAGACACUCCUCCUCAAGCACCUCUCCCUGCAGAGGCCACGUGCUUCAGAAGGCAAAGGUGAGAUCGGCCUCAGCGUCUGAUGGUCCUCUACCAAUAUUUACAGGCUUGGCUUAUUUGCUUUUUGCCCACACUAGAGGAGCCAGUUUUCUGUCUCACUUUGGUUCUGAAAGGGUUGCCACUGUUCAGAAAAGAAAAAGUUAAUGGCUAUCUUGUCUUAUAAGGCUGUGAUUGCUCUUUUAGUUCACACUGAAGGGAAGAAUAGUUGAACAUUUUCAGUGACUCUUCAGUUUCCUAUAAUACACUCCUUGUAUUUUGCUUUAAGAGCUGAAACUCUGUUAAAUUAUUGUGUUUCCCACAGCUUACAAGAAUGAGGACUCAUCCAGACUUGCUCUUGCCCUGCCCCUUUCCCCAGGGAGACCUGAUCUUUGCUACUGAAUUGGAGCAAAUUUCAGUUUGGUUUUCUACAGAUUGGUGUCUGUUCCUAUUUAUUGCUACAGAGUGGGUUUUUCUGGGCCAAGCAGAAGGGCUGAUGAGCCCUAAGUUUUUGAAAUACAUACUCAUACAUGCUUUGUUGUUCUCAGUCACUGAUUGCAUACAUUUCCCUGUUUAUCCUAAGAUAUUUUUCAUUUUCUUGAUGAUGUGAAAAAAGUACUUUCUAAAUUUUAUCUAUCUGUGGUGUGACUUCACUAUUUUAAUGUUGAUAUACAUGAGGUCAAAUUACUCAACUGAAACAAAACUGAAAAUUGGCUCUACUUUGGUUUUAUACAAUUGGGAUUAGCAUUCGUUCCUGUCAAAGGUCUGCAUUUUUCUUACUGGACUCUUGUGCUUGGUAUUGUAUAGAAUUCACUUCCCGAGCCAGGGGUUUAUGUUUUUUUAAAAAGGAAUUUACACUGGCAAGGAAAUAACUUAAAAAGGGCAGUUUUAACCAUGCAAAAACUUCCAUUAAACUUCCAUUUAAAAAAUCAAAUUACAUAAUAAAUAUGAUAAAUGUAUUUUCACUUUAAACAUGAUUUAAAGAAAUUUAGCACUUAAAAUUAGCAGCAAUCAUCUCUACCAACUCUUGUACCACUAGCAAGUGGAACAGUCCCAUUCUCAGAGUUCUGUUUUUGCUUCCUCUGUAUUCUUGCCACUGUUCACAGGAGGCAAACACACUUUCCCUCAUUUUUAACAGCCUCAGAUCAUUUCAGUUGUAGGUUUCCCCCCCAAAAAACGAACUUCACAUCAAGACUUGUGCCAGGAUAACAACCGGCUCCCUCCUUUUUCAUUGGUUGCCUGUUUUGUACUGCACUGCAGUCCAGUUUCCAGUAUAUCUUUUUUCUGAUGCUGUGAUUCACAUUUUUGUUACAAAGAAAUGCUUUGCCCAGUAGCUGGUGGUGGGUACAGGAGAGACAAGUUGGACAUUAUCUUAGUCGCAGAGAUGAUGCAGUCUUCUUAGGACACUUUUCUUGUUUUCUUGUGGGGAGUUGCUGGUUUAAAAGCAUGAGGAUUUUGUCCCACAUGCUGUCUCAGAGGGAAGGCCUUUUUCUAUGGUUUUAACAGGGUGUGUAGUUUUCACUUCAGGGUGUUUUCAAGCAAGCAAAUCUUCAUGUGGAAGGCAUGGCAUGCUGUCCUGUGAGAAAUGGACGUCUUGGACCAAGCCUAGCAUAUCAGAUAAAAUCCAUACACAGUUUUGAUUUAAAAGGGGGGGAUUUUGCUUACACCUUAGGCUGCACCCUUCCUUAAAGAGAUGGGGCAGGCUUUAGCAGUCUCAUUUGUGAUCUGAUCCUAUCCGGUCCAGUUACUUCCAUUCUUCUGGCUGGAAGCCAAGCUUUGAAAGGUCCCGAGCCCCAGAGGUAGGAAGGGAACUGAGCUGGAUUCCACUACUACAGUCCUGCUCUCUCAAGUUCACACAUACUCCUCCAACAGGCCCUUAGUUGCAGUAACUUCUUGGAAUUGUAUAGCCACAUUACCACAGCGGAAAGCCUUUGGGCCUUAUUCCAGCAGUGAGCAGCGUCAGAUAUGCAAAGAAUCACAGGAUGUUAAAUAGUACAAUUAUUUUUUCAAGUCAGUAAGAAUUUUAGGUUCUAGAAUUUCUUUCUGGACUUGCCUGAUUUCUUCCCUUCCAGUAAGCUGCAGAUAAUGGAAUGGCAGCAUGUCUCUCUUGUGUAUUAACCUCAUGUUCUAGUUCAUGUGAAGUAAAUAAAGAUUUGACAAAGAUUACUUUUAACUUGCAUAAAUUGCAGUUCGGCCCCUUUUCUGCAUAGGCUGUGGCAGCCUGGAAUACAGUAAAGUCCACUGAACAACUCUUGCAUUUUGGAUGUACUUGAGUCAAGUAUUACAUGACUUUGAUAUAAUGUCUCCCCCUCUAGGAAUGGGAGAUGAAAAAUGGAACAUAAAGAAGUAAGAUCGUCACUAGUGCCCUGUUUGGUAUGGCUCAAGAUGGACUGAAGAAGAUUUACCUGCACCAUGGUGUAAAGGGUUUGUCAAUCCUGUUCAGUUAGUGGUCAAUAUAGGUUUAACACAGCCAAGAGGAGGGCCAUCUUGAAUGUGUCAUUUUUGUUACUGUGACACUUCUUCCAGAAAUAACAUAAUAUAAAAGGAACAUUUUAAAUGGUUACGUAGAUGGAUCAGGUUAAACUAGCAAUUGUGUUGGAUGGAAUUUGAGAUUGGCAUGUUUCGGUACUCAUUUGAAAUAGUUUUAGAUAGCUUUAAUCAUUUGGUACAAAAUCAGAUGUUGGCUCUCUGUAGAAGUUGCUGGAUAAAUGUGGGGAUUCUCAACUCUGUGGCAUUCAUUCAGUUCUUACAAGGUUUUUAAAGUAGAAACUGAAAAACUGUAGCCGCUGUGGAAGUCGUGCACCUGCUGUUUUCCAUGGUGAUUAGAGACCAAGAAGGAUAACACAACUGAAAUAUUACCUUGGUACUAGUGUAGAACUGCUCCUCCCAGCUGUACUAGAAAAGAGCUUCCAUCGUUUUUAAAUGUUAUUUUUGAAGAUGCUUUUAUUUUCUUCAAAUGUUUUAGAUGGAUUCCCCACUCCCACAAAAAGCCAAUAGAAAUGGAUGCCCCUUCACACAAAGUAAACAGGAUCAAUAACUCUCUACUUCAAAUUCCCCUCCAGAGUUAAAGUUGUUUUGAGGAGGAUAUAUAGGAAGAAAAUAAGGAACAGUCUAAAGAACAACUAAUGUAUCAUUGCAUUCAGAAACAUUCCAAGGGGAAAAAAAUCUGAUUUUUUAAAAAUGUAACACCCCCCUUUUUAAAACAAUGCCACUUUUCUCUCAAUGCUAAAAGGUAAAAUUCUUUCAACCUCCAAUGAAUGUUUAAAGUAAACCAAUUUUUAAUUGUUAUCCUUAAGCACCUCUUCUCUUCAGUGAUCUCUGCUUAGAAGAUGGUCUGUGUCCCUGCAUUUUUUAAAGAAAACAAUUUAAUGUUUAUUUUUCUAAGUUUAUAUGACGUUUCUUUUUCCUGCUAAAAGCAUGAGUUGUAAGCCAAGAAGUUUGCAGCUGAAAACCCACUUCAGCUGUGAACUUGCUGCCAUGGGCAGGCUGCAGUGUCUUUGCCUCCACCCAAUCUGCAAUAUGGGGAUAGUAGUAAUAAUAAUAAUAAUCAUUAAUGAUAAUGAUACUGGCCUAUCUUGCAGGGUUGUUGCAAAUAAUGUAUGUGAAAUGCUUCAAACGCUUGAAAAGUGGAAUAUAAAUGAUCAUUUAUUAUUCUGCACCUCCCAAAGAAAUGUCUCAUAAGUGUAACAAAAAUUUCCUCUGGUACUCCUUAGUAUAUCUGUUGCCUCAGCCCAGAGUUUUGUGUGAUCUUAGGAAAACAGCUGCUGUGCAGAUGGGCUGCUCCAAGGUCUUUCCCUCUUCAGGCAUAUUGUGUAAGGCAGCUGGGAGGCAGCAUCCACUGGCAGGUGCUUCUUGCUCCUUCUGUUUCUUUCCUGAGAACAGACCGAAGAGACCACAAUAGGGAGGUUUACAGUGUGACCCUAACCAUGUCGACUCAGAAGUAAGCCCUAUUGAAUUCAGUAGGCUUACUCCCAAGUAAGUGGGGUUAGGGUUGCAGCCUUAGUUAGAAGGGUGUGUCUGCUCCCUGAAUUCUUUUUUGCAGGCAGUCCUUCCAGGGAGAGCAUCUCUUUAUCCCUUCUAUGGAGCUGAGUUCAGGUCAAGCUACAAGAUAGCCAGGACACUCUCCCACCCUGCUGCAACGCUGACUGAGCAGGCUGCUCUUCUGACCUACCUGCCACUUUGGGGGUGCUCAGCUAAGAGCCAGAGCAGGAACAAUCCCUCCCCAAAGGACAAGAUUUCCAUUCUGCCCUCCCCUGCAACUCAAUGGGUCCAAGGCACCCCAUCACCAUGUCAAGUAGGAGACAAAGCUCAAUUCAGAAUGCAAGCAACAGAGUUUUGAUUUUAUGUAUGUAUGCAUUUUAUUUUAAUAAGAUAAGUAGGGAGGGGGGAACUACUCAAGAGAGGUGGCAUCAAUCCUCUUUUGAGUCUUCUAUCCCAGCAGUAUCCUUCCACAUAAGAUCAGGUAGGCCCACCAGGGACUUUCCAGAAAGGGAUGUCAGACCCAAAGGGAAAGUUUCAGCCACCACCCAGAAACUGAGGAUAGGGAAGGUCAGGUCGUAGGCAAAUGGCACCUUCUGGAUGAGUGCUGUGUUACAGAUAAAUGUAACAGAACAUUUUUAUGUUUGGUUUUAUGCUGUUUUAUUUAGUGUGCUUUACAAAUCCAAUGAAGGCACCCCAUGGGCCGUAGGACGCCCGAGAUCCCUCCUGGUUGGUGGAAAGAGAGAGCUUUGAUCCUAAAGGGGGUCUGUGCUGUCAUGACAACUUCAGUAGCCAAAGGAUCCACAGCCUCCUGGCUCCCCUGAUGUCCCCAAACCAGGGAGAAAAUUACGUCAGCCCAUCAGUUCACCCCAUUUAAUUUCCAAUGGGAGGGGAAUUGUGUUUAAAAAUCAAGGCCAGAGGUGGGGGACGGGACACCCUUACGUUCACCCUCCCUGUUGGCAGGAUCCCUCCAGAACAUGGAAGAAGGUGGAUAAACUGACUUUGUUUUCCCCACCUUGAGAUGUGGCAUAUAUUGCAUAGUAGAAGCAGGAAUUAAAGCAAACUCAUACAAUCCAGCAGAAUGUGUAAAAUUGUAAUCAAGACCAGCUCACAUUAUAUGCUGAAAUGCUCAGAUCUUCCUCUGGUGCUAAAAUGACAUCAUAGUUGGAGACGACAAUCCACAAAUGGGGUGCUAUGAAUUAAAAUGUCAUCCCCCCCCUUGCUGGCCACCACCUACCUAACUUUAAUUGGCACAGGCUUACGGAGGAGGGCCUCAAGUUUGGACAGGCUGGUGAGAUGAAAGGCGGCUCUUUUACACAGUUCUGCCCUCCAUCUGCAUGAUUUCCAUCAGAGGAAGGUUUAAAAUUCCCAUGAAAACUCCCAACAUGUUCCUCUUGCUCCUGUGCUCCUAAUCUAAUCAUUCACACUGACCACACUGUGAAGCUUUGAGGCACUGUCUUUGUUCAGAAUGAUUAGAGCCAGAUUUGAGUACAGGACCAUUUGUUUUGCUGCAUGUAUAUUGAAUCUGCCGCUGGUGUCAAUGGGCACCACUGCGCAUACAAAGAAUUAGAGGGCUUUGUUUCCUGCAUAUGUGACUGGAAAGGCAAUCUGCUGCCACAGUCCAUUGGUGCCCUACUGACCAGCUGGCUUGGAUUGUCUGCCUGUGGAGGGGAAGCAAACAAAAUAUCCCCAGAAAGCCCAUGCUUUGCUUUCAUAUCGAGGAAGUGAUGAGGGCAGCUCUGCACGUGCAAAGGAAUUUGUAUAAGAACAGCCUCCACUAGUGUCCUGAAUGGAGCAGCCCAUGGACGGGGUUGAGUAAACCCUGUAGAUGCAUCACUUGUUGCAAAUUGGUCACAUAAUAAGCUUUUUGUUAAUUUCUGAAGCAUGUAGGGAGGAUAAAAUGCUCCCUGAAGGGGUUAAUUGUGGCAAGCACUGCCCACCUCUCUCUUUAGUUGUCCGGCCUGUAUGGCGGUUUGGCAGGGCUUUACAGACUGUGGUGUGCAGAAAGGUCAUCUAUAUCCCACAAAAUGUCCCGUGCAAGGAAGUGUAUACAAAAGUUAUUUUAUUUAGGCAAAUUAUUUUAAACUAAUUUAUUUGUAUAUUUCAUUAAAUGUUUAAUUUAUAGAUGUACAUAUUUAUGAUAUAUCCUAGACCUUAGAUCAGCACGUUUAAUAAGGAAGCAGCUUCUGUUGCUGUCCCUUUUAAACAGAUCACAGAGCACAAUAACUAGAAUAAAUUACCAGAUAUGUGCAAUUUUAUUUUUCCCUUGUGAAACUUACUUUGAGCAGAGUGUGUAUUCUAAAUUUCAGUUGCUGCAUCUUUGUAUCCGCCCCCCCCCCCCCGGGUUGGUAAAUUUCACUAAACUCAGGCCCAAGACAGACGUGCGUAGCUUGAGGAGGGAGCCUGCUCUGCCUCUGCAGCUUUUUAAGGACAGGUACAUAAGUGAAUGAAUGAAAUGAAGGAACAUCAGGUACCUCCUGUUCCCAGUAAAAGUAGGCUCAAUGGAGUUCUGGUUGGCUAACCCUUUUGACAAGCACAAAGUUACCUCCUCAUCUGAAUGAGCAGAAUACUAAUUGACUGGUUAGUGUGGCCAUCAAAAAACAGGUGUCCCUUUUUUUUUGGUUAAAAUAAUAAUAUAUAUGUAUUGGUGCAUUUUUAAGAAGGCAUAAAAAUGCAUAUCUUAAAAUUCUUAAGACGUGCAGAGGACUUUUUAAGAAAACACAAAAGCCUUCCCAAAUAGCAGGGUGUGAAUGGGAGAACAGGAACAGGGGAGACGUCUUGAGCCUGAGAGGGAAAUGAGUCCCUGUGUAGUUACACUGCUUGAGGAAAACCUUUCAACAGAGUGAGGGUUUGUGUGUAUUGCCCUUAAUGCAGAAGGUGGGGAUUUGUUUGGUAUGCUGACUUUGCAGGAACCAUUUUUGUAACUGUAUUAUUGAACUUCUUCUCCACGAGAGUUAGUACUUUUCAAAAACAAGGCAUUGUAAAAGGAUUGGGCUGCCUCCCCACAGCCCAGUGGGAGUCCUUCUGAUGUUCCUGCUGUUAUUUGGUUUUUGUCUUGGAAGUGCCAGGUAUAUACAAAUAAUGUACAGUAUGGAUUUAUACAGAUAAAAAAGCAGAAACAAACCAAAACAGAAAGAACCUCUAAAUAGACCAUAUUAAAUGCUGUGAAAUAUACUCCACCCCUUUCUCAGUGUGUAUGUUUGUGUGUGCGCAUGCGCAGAAUAGUGCUGUGGCAGAGCUCUGAAUGGCCAGGAAGACCUCUGGAUGUGCUUCCAGGUGAGCAGUUUCAUUGAUUUUAGCUUGGGUAGAAGGGUUCCUGUGCAACCUUCUAGAUAAACCAGUUACAAGCAUUCUGUCAUGCUCUGCUGCGACUUAGAAAAACAGAAUCCAGGAUAAGUCUGCAGAUUGGAGAGAGAUCUACUCCUCACCUGCUCCCCCCCCCGUUCCCAUCAUGCAUUUCACACAGGCCUUUAGCAAAGGUUUUACUAAUGAUCAAGAAUUGCUUUAAGAAAGUGGUUUUGUACACUGCAUUUCUAUGUUUGUGAGGACAUUUUACUGAUCUAGUAUUCCAAAAUAAAGUAUGAAUCAGGAACUGUUUUUUAUUUUUGUUAUGGAAGUUGUAAUUUAUGUCAUUGGAUGGGGAUGUGGGUCUACUUUUUAAAUAUCAGGUUAUAAUUUGGGGAGCAAGACUUUGCAAAAAAUAAAUUUUUAAUGUAUUAAUAAUUCUGUAUCAGUCUUCCAUUAUUACCAAACCUACCAAUGGAUCUGAGUUGUUUGACUUAAAAGAAUACUCUUGUAUUAAGAAUGUAAUUAUUUUUAUGAUUGUAUUUUCAAAGACAAAAUCGUAUUUAAAGUUUUCCAUGAAGAAGGAACACUAAAGCAAGGGGAUUUUUUGUCAGCUGUUAUUAUGUUUUCAUAUCUCCUAUGUUUUAUUUCAUUGUAUUUUACAUUUCAUUUCUCAGUGUUGGUGUGGCUGCUGUUAGUUAUGAAAUGCUGGGUCAAGAGCAAUUGCUAUCUUCUGAGAAAGACAAUGGAGAAAAGGGCCACACGAAAUGCCGGCCUUACUUGUUUUAGUUUUUUACCUUUCUUUCCCAGAAAAUAAUAUGACAGGCACCUAAUUGGUGUAACACAUUAAUUGACAUUAUUAAUAAAAAUACCCUGUGAAAACUCAGCCUUUGUAUCUU